GUUUUGUUCCCUCAUCUUGAUUGACAGAUGCUGUGAGUAUAGGUUUAGUUGUAGACUUACGAUGCAUGUAUUUUGGCCAUGUUUGUCCCAGGACUCUGCGAUGUGUCUAAGGUUUAGCUGCAUUAGAUCCUAAAAUGACCUGAAAACAUAGACUUUAAUAAUGAUCGUGGAAAUAUCGAGCUGGAAACGGAUAAGAUCAGUAACUCACAAAUAUUUAUAAUUUAAAUUCUCCCUUUUUAUCUAAAAUACAGAAUAGCAUGCAAUAUUAAAUUAAGUGGUGGGAGCAAAAAUACUGCUAUUUAAGAAGACUAUGUUGUUGCAGUGGAUAUAGCUGUUUGCAAAGGCAUCUUCUUAGUCAAUAUGUCUGCAGUUAAAUUUCCAGGUUGCAAGACAGGUUCAUGAAAAGUGCUGAAAAACAUGAACAUGAAAACAGGAGCUUUUUUUAACAGUAUAGUCAAACUGCGUAUUUUAUGUGUGAGGUGUACAGCAGUUUAUUGAACUCAUGUUCAAUGAGUAUAUUGCUGACUAAAAAUAAGACUGAUUAUCGCCCAGUUGUAGAUGGUCAAAAUGUUUUUAUUGAGAUUGCUGUUGGCAUUUUAUUUCUUUUUUUUGUUUUUCUCUUGUGCGCAGUGAUCUGUCGAAAUUUGGGUUGCUUACUUCUUAGUUUGAGAAGGCAGGAUUACUUUAUCUGCUGGACCUAUCAAUAUGUAUUAUUUUUUAUUAUUUUUUUUCAAAUAAUUUUUAUUAAAGUUUUUUGUAUAACAAAUGAUAAUAAUACAAACAUUGGAAAGGAGGGGUAACUUGGAAAUGGGAGAUAAAAAUAUAUAUAUAAUUAUAUGCAUGUUUUUGUAAUUACCUUUGUCGACCUUUUGAAAAUCGUGCCCUUUUCUGCUAGAUGUAAUUGAAGGAAAAGCUUGAUAUUGAAUUUGUUUUGGAAGUUUUGAAACGAUCUCAAAGCACUUACGAAGCAAAAUACUUUGAAAGUAGGAAUAUGAGCAACAUACACAAUUACUGUAGUUGAGGUGAAUUUUCCCUUGAACAACCACAGCCCUAUAUUGUAAAUUUGACGUUGUUGAACACAGAGCUGCUUUGGAUCGUUUGAGAGGCAUGGUUACGUUUAUCGCAUUGUUCCUGGAACAAAUCUUUUGUUAUAAGAUUUUCUAAUGAUUCUGUGCUUGUCAAGCAAUUACUGCGACAUCUCCUAUCCCUUUUUGACAUGACAAGCACGAAGAAAAGAGAUUUCACAACUUCCAUGGAAAAUGCAAAGACCAUUUAUACUCAAACUUUUGUCGUUCCGAAUAGGCAGAUAUACGUUGGAGGAAAAAAAAAACCUUGUAAGCUAACUUACAUUAGGUUUUAAUAGAGUAGGGUGUAUAUAUAAUAUAUAGUGAGUUUAUUUUUUUGCGUGGAAUCAUGUUUUGUUUGUAUCAAGACCCUUAUCCCAGCCUUUAGGGUUAAUGUGGUACUGCAUCCAGUCGUAGACCUUUUCACCACAACUCAAUGGAUCAUAGACCAGUCUCUUACAUUUUUAAUAGCAGGUGCUAGGAGAGCUUUUCUUGUUACAAGGAUAUUUUUGGUUCCCUCAAUGUAUUUUUUUAAAUUUAUUAUUAUUGCGUUUUAGAAGAGGUAUUAAAAACAUCUGAAAUUAAUUUAGUUCCCUGUAAGCUUCAAUAAGAGCACAAACCAAAAAAGUUAUGGCUGGGAAAAAAGUGAAUGAAAACCCCUUCCACUUGAAGGCAGUGGGUAGUGGAUACAUUCUUAAACACAUUUCUGCACACACCAGUCAAGCCAUAAGACCUGCCUUUCUCACAGAAAUCUCAAAUUUGCAGUGAUGUUACUACCGCAAGGGUGGGGUAUGCUAAUGAAUUCAACAAAGGGGAUUCUUUAUAGAAUUAAUGUGCAUAUGCCCACCCAGAAUCCCUUGCGGUACUAACAUCACUGCAAAUCUGAGAAUUCAGUGAGACUGCAUAGUUGUGAACUGGUAUUUCUAACUGACAGUUACUGUUUUUUCAGUGAGAUAAGUUUGAGUAGUUCAAUGGACUAUGAUUCCAAUAUAGUGUGCUUUUCUCUUCUUUAAUUUUAACUAUCACUGGGUUUCUAAAAGCUCUACCAAUCAGUGGAAAGCUGAUACCCUCAGUGUGGCAUAUACGCAAGCAUGAGGAAUGCCUACCGCAGAACUGUCCUUAAAGUGAUGGUGAUUGCACAGAGGGAUGGUGAUUCAUAUUGUUCAAUAACUGGACAUAAGCCUUUCUCAUGUAAUGCAGUAAUGGACUAAAUGAGUGUUACAGCUUGCAAAGAUAAAUAUGUUAUAAAAGUUGAUGUUCAGUUAUGUUAACUAUCUUUACCACUUUACAAUAAAACACAUUGCUAAGCGAAUCUGCUUACAGCGAAGGCUGUGGCAGUUUGAUCUGUGAAGAGUAGCAUAUGGUGAAUGGCAGUAUUAAAUCUGCAGUUGUAGUCUCCGCAGACCAAUUUUUCAUGUAAAGUAAUGUAUUUGGGCCGGCAGUCAGUCGAUAACCACUUUGGGUAGCACCUGGUGUACUUCAGUGGGUGAGUGGAGAUUUGAGCAACAUAAUUUACUGGUGUAAUUAAAUCUAAGUACCUUAAUUGUGUUUUGUGGUCUCCCAAAGGCAGGUAGCCUUGAUAUUUACUGUCAUUUAGCACACUUAAUGUCAUGUGACACUCUUGUUUCUUUUAUCUUGGGCUCAUCUAAAUUAUUAGAUAAAUUAAAACAGCAAAUGAACUACGCACAAAACCAAUAACCUUAACCAAAUUAUUUUAGACCCUAACACUUUAAUUUUGCUUCACUCUGACUAUUGAAUUUUAGUGCAGAAUUUACCAUAUGGCGUCUAAGGGAAGAAAACAAACAAAUUGAAUGGUCAUAACAUCACAUUACAUUACAUCUAAUUUUUUUGCAGGUGUCAUGGAUGAACUUCAGAGCUUGGAUCCAAGGAGGCAAGAAUUGUUGGAGGCCAGAUUUACAGGUGGUGUCAGCGGCAGCACUGGGAGUACUGGAAGUUGCAGUGUUGGGGCAAAGGUGAGUCAUGGUGCCAAAACAUAAAUAUAUUCUGUUAGAGCCUGUCCAUAACAUGAGAUGUGAUUGGAUUGAGUGAUGUGAUUUGAGUGGCAGGAUAAAUGGAACUGUCCCGUUUAAUCAACGUUUUAUUCACAGUACAUAACAGCAGAAUCUGUUUGUUGCUCUUUGUUUUAUGCAUGUGCGUGGCUAGUCUAUGUGCUUGUGCUGUGUAAGGAAAUGUUACACUGCAGUGGAAGCCGUUAAACAGUAUAAAAUGUAACCCAAAACAUAAAAUAGUUUUUUCUUUAGACUUUACAACUUUUAAAAAGGAAUCAAUGUGGGAUCCGCCCAAACAAAUAGCCAGAAUAUAAAACCAAAUAUUAUAAUGCUAAAACUAUUGGAGCAAUUUAAUAUGAGUAUUACCAGGAAUAAAAUAUGUGGUUAUUUCAUAGGCAUUCUGAUGUGAAAAUAGAUGAGCGUAUUUACCAGUUUUGUACUUCAUUAGGUAGGUUAUCGGUUACAGGGAAUCCCGGUAUUUAGUGGUAUUACUAAAUACCGUAAUCUAUUUUGCACCAGUAAUCUUUACAAAAUAUCUAUUCCUGACACUACAGUGCUGGAAUGAAGCAUUAGAUACAUGGCCUCCCUCCAGAGAGCAAUGGUGAUUUUAAUAGUCUGUCCUCCUACGCCACGCUGGGGAUACCUGACUCCGCCUCUGUGGCCGAGAUAAUCUGUUUUGACGAUCUCAGCCAAUUUAAUGCUUUUGGAGGUGAUUGCGCAUGCGCGGCAAAAUGCUGUGCAGCGCCAGUCAGCAUCUCCUCAAAGAGGUGCCUUGAAUCGGUGCAUCUCUAUGGGGUACCUUCAGAGCCUCCAUGGAGAGCGUGGAGAUGCUGUAUGCCAAUGCUGCACACUGUGCAGCCCUGACUCAGGAAACUCCUCUAGUGGUCUGAGUGACUGCCGCUAAAGGUGUUACUAGGCAGUAAUUCUAAACAAUGCCUUUUCUCUUAUAGUGCUAAGGCUGCAGGGACAUGCUAAAGACGCCAAUAUCCACUUGCUUAUCGUGUUCUCUUUUUUUAAGUUUCAACAGAAAAAAAUUGCCCAGGGCCAGUAAAUCACAUUCUGCAUGAACAUUUAUGUGAUACUUUUAUUCCCCAUCAACAAUACUGUAUACAUUAAAUACCCAUAGCUGCUGUUAAGUGUUCUAGAUAUGACACAGUUUAUUGGAUCUCCCACUUUGAAAUCCCAAAUGACACUUACUCUACAGUUUGGCCAGUUUUCCUAUUAAUACAAUUAAAGGGAUCCUAUAGUGCCAGGAAUACAAACCUGUUUUCCUGCAACUAUAGGCUCCUGGCGGGCCCCUUCAGCCACUUACCUGAAUCCAGCACCGAUAUCACUCAGCGCUGGGUCAGGCUCCGCCAACGCUCCUCCCCUGCCGACAGCCGGUGGGAGAGAACUAAUGCACAUGCGCGGCAAUGGUCAUGCACACAUUAGACUUCCCCAUAGGAAAACAUUAUUCAGUGCUUUCCUAUUGGGAAAAUCUGACGCUGGAGGUCCGUGAGGACGUCCAGUGUCAGAUAACGGACCAAAAGUUAGUUUGGAUUCUGGAAACCCUCUAGUGGCUGUCUGUUAGACAACCACAGAUGGCAGACUUAGAGCUGCAAUGUAAACAUUGCAGUUCUCUGGAACUGCAAUGUUUUACAUUGUAGCACCAAGUGCAAAAGGGUCAUAGCACCCAGACUACUUCAAUUAGCUGAAGUAGUCUGGGUGCCUACAGUGUCCCUUUAAUUACUUGUAGUGUUUUCUUAAAUUAAAAUGCUUGUAAAAUACAUGUGCUGUGUUCUGUGUAAACAUCCAUUAGUAUAGCGAAAAAAACCAAACAAAUACAAUGUAUUUAAUUAUCCUGCAUGUGUUAUACGCCAACAUUCUUUUCCUUUCACUACGGUAACCAGUAUUGCAGCAGAUUUCAGGACUACAGAAAAGAAUCAAUAAAACUGCUGUAGCCUGUGACCACGGAACUCCCGCUACUUCCCUGAGAUUGGGAAAGACAAGCUUGUAUUGAUUAACAUCUCAAGCUUGAGAAGUGCCUAGCCAGUAGCACCAAGCCAAAUACAUCUCUUAAUCACUAAUCCAUGCUUUGAAAACCGAUUCAUAGUUCAGCUGCAGUUUCUUUGAACAAGACAAUUUGAUCUCGUUGGCAUCUUGAGAAUUGGACUAUUUGCAGUUUGGCAAUUUGAAAUCUUUGAGUGCUGGAGAUGGUAACAUCACCAGUUCAAAUAAUGGCAAAAUAUUUUGUAAACGGUUUACGUUAAACACCAGCUUUGCAAUCGUUUAAAGGGGAACUGCAGGUAUCUGUACAACAUUGAUACGUAAUACCAUUUUUAUGGUAAAAUAAUCUAACUUAAUUUGCCUGCUGCUCAUGUUUGUACACCGAGAAAAAAUACAGUUUAGCAGCAGUUUAGUUGGUGAUAAAUUGGUAUUUAAAAUAAAUACGAUUUUGAGAUGAGAACUACUAAAGCAUCUGCACUGCGCUUAGAUCUAAUAGAAUUAUUGUCUGUUAUUUGUAUUCUUCUCCGUCCUGUUUUGGAUUGUUUGCAAAUUGCCUUGGGUCUCCAUAAGGUAUAAGGGUAAUCCACACGUGGAUCUCUCUCUCACUGUGUCUAGAGCAAUAUUAGCCUCAAGAUAAGUUAAAACCAGCUUGAGAACUGCAUGAGGACCAUGGAAAGGCAAGCUAUUUCAGUUGUUGUGCAUUCUCUUAUGCCCUGUUUUGGUGUGAUAAAUCAUAUAUUCAAAGCGUAAGGAAACGUUUUCAAAGUAAACCUGUCAUAUCAAAUUUUACUUAAAGGAAUUAUAUAGUGCCAGGAAAACACCCUCACCACAGAAGUCCCACUAGUGGCUGUUUUGUAGGCAGUCACUAGAGGAGGACUUAACCCGACACGGUAAUUAUUGCAAUUUCUCAGAAACUACAAUAAUUACCACUGUAGGUUUAAGUGCCAUGGGACAUUGCACCCAGACCACUUCAAUGAGCUGAAGUGGUCUGGGUGCCUACAGUGUCCGUUUAAAUACCGGGAUGUCGUUUUACACUGGCUGCUGCUUCACAACUAAUCAAAAGAGAGGCCCUAGGCCAGUGAUGGUGAACCUAUGGCACUCGUGGCACGCCGGGCCUUCUCUGUGGGCACGUGGCCAUAGGUUCGCCAUCAAUGCAGAGUAGGCACCUGCCUGCCCAAAACGGCUGGUGUCUACUGUUCUUUCUUGUUGGGAGGACCGGAAGCAGGGAGAGGGAUCUCGGAAGCAGCGCUCCUGUCCUCCCGCGAGCAAUCUGUGUGUUACCAUGGCAACGCUCCACGUAGCAUUCUGCACGCGGGUGGACAGGAGUGCUGCAGGACCUGUCCUAGAUACUAACCACCAUCGGACCACCAGAGAUGGCUGUGAUGAUUUAAUAUACUUUUUUUUUUUUUUUUUACAUUUAUUUUUUUUCAUGUAUCUGUAACCCCCACACAGCACCCGUAACCCCCCCACACACACAGCACCCAUAACCCCCCACACACACAGCACCCCUAGCCCCCCACACACACAGCACCUCUACCUCCCCCACACACAGCACCCCUAUCCCCCCACACACACACUCCACACCCAUACACACAAACACAUACACUGCACCCCUCAAUGCAUUAUAUGUGUGUGUGUAUUCAGCAGUCUUUAUGUAUUCAGCAGUGUGUGUGCCCAGUAGUGUGUGUGUGUGUGUGUGUGUGUGUGUGCUCAGCAGUGUGUGUGUGUUUAGCAGUCUGUGUUUAGCAGUCUCUGUGUGUGUAUUUAGCAGUCUCUCUGUGUGUGUGUGUGUAUUUAGCAGUCUGUGUGUGUAUUUAGCAGUCUGUGUGUAUUUAGCAGUCUCUGUGUGUGUGUGUAUUUAGCAGUCUCUGUGUGUGUGUGUAUUUAGCAGUCUCUGUGUGUGUGUGUAUUUAGUCUGUGUGUAUGUAUUGCAUUUGUUGGAGAUACUAAUAAAUAUAAGCUUAAUUUUAUCUAUUUAUAUAAUUAUUUAAAAAUUGUAUCAUUGAACUCUCUGUUGUGUUCUUCUUUUAAAGCAAAAGAUGUUAACUAGUUCGGACAACUGUACAGGUUGUUUUUUCUAAACUUAAACCUCAGUAUUCCGGUUUAAUUGCUGUGUUGGCACUUUGAGGGAAAAAAGUUGACAUGUACACUGCUCAAAAAGGUUCACCAUCACUGCCCUAGGCCCUUUCCCCUCUCUAACACAGUAGUUUUGCAUUUAUUCCAGUCGGGAUAUUAAAACGUGUACUGUUGUUGUUAGGUGUUAAAUUUGUAAUUUCUACUGAACGAAAAAGAAUGUGUAAAGUUUCGCUAUUUGCUAUAAAAAUAUUUAAAAAAACAAAACAAAGGUUUUAAAUAUCCUUUUUCCAGCGCCUAGAGAGGUAUUACUAUCUCCAGUGAUGUUUCAAUCCAAUGCUCCUUUAUGAGACUUGAUGUGCAUGCAUUGCGAGAGCCUUAUCUGCAUCCAAUGCUUCUCAUCGGAAAGCAUUGAAUCCAAUGCUUUCCCAUGAACUACAUCAUCACGUGACCGAGCUUUACUCGGUCAGUACAGCAGAAGUGCCUCUAGUGGCUGUAGGUAUGACACUCACUUGAGAUGUGUUAAACCUUUCCCGUUCUGCAAAUGGUAAUGUAUUACUUUGACUGGUUAAACAUGCAGGACCAUUGCACCUAGACCAGUUAAUUGAAAUGAAGUAUUCUAUGCGAUUUUAGUGGUCCUUUAAUGACUUUCCGCUAUGAUUCUUGAGUUAAUUGGAAUUGGCGCAAAGGCAGGUUUUUUUUUUUUUUUUUUUUCAUACCGUGCAAUUUGAUCUCUGUAAGAAUGUUGUCAAUUUCCAUCUGCUCUUAAUAAAAUAAAGAAAAUGUCUGAAAUGUUCUCAAAAGCUUCUCUCAGACCGGCAAAAAUACCCACAUUGUGUGUCUAGAUUCCCAUUAGUACUGUAUAUUUUGAAUACAAGUGAAUUUGUUAUGUAGUGUAGUAACCAGCACCUCGUGCCAUUUUUAGGAAUCAAUAGACAGUCUUAUGGGGCAAGACGGCAGAGGAAGAGGGAUCAUGUUUUAUGACAAAACAGUGCAUGUUAGGAGCCAAAGUCAUUGUCUUUACUUCCUGUCAAGUUAGCAACAUCAAAAAAUAUUAAAGGAACACUAUUACAUUAGUACAUUUAGAUUCAGCCCCACCCCGUCAUAUUACUAUUUAUGAAAGGCUACCCUUUAUCUUUUUUUCAGCGGCAAGAUCUAGUCCCUGCAGCCGCCUUAUCCGUCUCCUGUUAACUCACACUGAUUCUGUCUUUGUGGCCAAUCCAAUGCUUCUCAUAGAGAAGCAUUGGGGGACGAGAAGCGUGUGCUAGGUCAGAAUCGUGUACCCCUUAUCACAUGCUUUCUAUGACAAGCAUUUGAGGAGUUUAUGUGUAAAAGCCAAAUAUGACUGUUCUUACAGUGGAGGACAGCCAAUAGGGUUGUGUUUAGCCCUGCAAUAGAAACAUUGCUGUAUUUAUUAAACAACAAUCUUUUACACUGCAAGGCUUAAAUUACAUUGAGAUGAAGCGGUAUGGGUGCCCAUAGUGUCCCUUUAAGCAGAAACAAGUCACAAAGAAAUCUCCCACCUCACACUUCAUCCAGUAUGUUAGGAGGCUAUCAACAUGCACAAUCUGAACUUUGACUAAUGUAUUGAUAAAGACUGAUGACAGACUUAGAUGAUUUAAAAAUGAUGGCCCCAUUAAUGUUAACAUGUUUUUUUCCAUAUAUGAACUAAGCUAAAAGUCACACACCUGCAAGACCUCAUCAGAAAUGCAGAUGCAUUCUUUGAUAAUGAAUGAACAUCAUUUUAGAGGAAUUUCUGAGAGAGCAGUUAUGGUUCACAGUAGAUUCACAUGUGAGACGGUGGAUGAGAUGUUGAGAGAGAAGACAUUGCCGGAGUGCCCCAAUGCAUAACCAAACAGGGAACUGAAGAUAUCAUAAUAGAGGUUUUUAUUGUAAUUAACUAAAUUCAUGUUCUAGUCACGGAACUAAAAUAAAUCUAAGUUUUUGUUUAUCCCCUCUCUUCAAACUCAAAUUCACCCUAGUGGUCACCUCCAUGACAGACUUUAAAAAAGAUUCAAAGUGGCCUGAAAUAUUGCUAAACACAGAUUUAUCUAAUAACAUUUUAAUUUUGACAGAAGAUUUCAGACUGCUGUGACUUGGAAUGUCACUGACUUUUAUCUCUUUAGGUAGGAUAGAGAGUUAAGAAGCCUUGAAUCACAGAAUAACUUUUGAAAUAUCAGGAGUGAAGGCAAAGUGACAGUCGGUGGAAUCUCACUCAUAUUUACUGUUUGCAAAAAGUAUAAUGGGACCAUUUUGAGCUAAUCAAAUGUCCAAUAACGUAGUUUGCCUUUAAAACAAUUCACGUUAGACACUAUGAUUGUAUUGUAAAUGACACAAACAUCAUUGGCUACGUGUGUAAUGUAUAUCACUAGGCAUUUAUUUUCAGGUUUCAAUUCAAUCUCCCUGUUAUGGUGGUCUUUUCUACAUUAUUAAUCUUUUUAUACCUGUGCUUGUUCAACAGGCCUCAACAAACAAUGAGAGUUCAAACCACAGUUUUGGAAGCCUGGGUUCUUUAAGUGAUAAAGAGUCUGAGGUAUGUUGUUGCUUUUUCUUCUUCAAUAUCUUUUUAUCUAAACUGUCAUUUUUUUAUUUGUUUUUUAAUCUUUCAUUCCCUGUAUGUCAAAUGUUGGUUUUAGUGUUCAAAAUGAAAACGUAGAGGUUGUUUUUUUUUACGUAUUUUUUUAUGCUAUAGAUUUUAAGUAUUGUACUGAUCAUGUCAUUAUUCCCUUAUUGCAACUUCUUUCUUAAACAUUUGCAGGAUUAUUCACCAAAGUGAGAAUUGCUAAGAAUUCAAAGUGAAUUGGAGUAUUUAUUUUUCUAAUUCCGCUAUUGUGACUUAAAUUUUGAAAUUAACUCUGAGUUGCCAAAUUUGUCACAAUAUCUGAAUUAGAAAAUACAAAAAUCUACUAUGAGUUCAUGAUAAUUUAUAUUUCAGUGAAUAACUCUUUUGAUGCAACAGUGCAGCAAAUGUAUUGAAUUUAAUUUGAUUAAAUUUCUUUACACUCAUAGCAAAGGAACAUUCCCAUACUGAAAGUUAAACUAUUGACUGCUUAUUUAGGCUUUACCUUAUUUGUUGUAAGUACAAAAAAACAGAGCAAAACAAUGCAACUAAUAAUAGAUGUUUAUUGCAAAGUAUAAUAAUCUCAACUAAGAUGAUAGAAGCGUUAAAAAAAUGUAAUAUUGAAAAUACAGCCAUUAUCUAGCAUGUUUCUAUACAAACUGCAUUAUUUGUAGUAAGGGCUAUCUAUAUGAGCUGUCAUCUGUAACAUUUUCUACAAAAGUAUUUUGUUAUUUUAAUUUUAUUUUUUCUGUCUUUGUUUUUUACUUUUGCCUCCUCCAUCCCAUGUUCUGGAAUGAAUAACAUUUUUAAAGUGAACCUGUCAUAAAUCCCCCUUAUGCAUCACAUUCCUCAUUUGUCCUAGAUAGUCAGGAGUAGUUUUGUAUCUCAUAUCUUUUUUUUUUUUUUCAUGUCACAUUCUGUCAAGAUGAAUAUGGUGCGUUUUGUUAUAUGAACUGAAAGAUAUUCAUUUUUGGGGAGCAGCCCACUGACUUAACACGUGAUGUUCCUGUGUAGGAACUUUUAUAUUAUCAUUUAUUCUUUAUUUUAAAUUUAACAUUGCACCACACAGCUAUAGUACUACAUGACAGAAAUGUCUACAUUGUAGAAUAACAUGGUGCAGUCACUACACUGAUUGCUAUAUAAUGAAAGAAUAAAAAUACAGGGGAAAGAAGAGAAACAUAGAAGUUUUCACCUGUGAAGUCCCAUACCCAUCCUACACUACUCCAGAGCCUCAAGGCCGCUAUGUAUCAAGAAUUCCUCCACAGGAAAACCAAGACUUCCACAAUAUGUCAAAGGAGAAAAAAUGGGUCGACAAUGGACUUCACCCAAUAUAUUUUAGCUUUCGUAGUAGAUAUCAGAUAGUGGUUACGGGCAUCCUGGAACCACUAAAGUGCAAUGGAUUUCUACUUCGCAACCAGUAUCUUAGCCAUCAAUCUGUUUUCCCACUUAGACAAUCCUGCGAGCAAGACAGUAGAAAGAUACAAGUGUCAUUUUGAGACACUGGCAUCAUAGACGGUAAAUUGUGCCUUUUAGACCAUAUUGCCACCAAGAAACCUGUUGUGUCAUGACCCAUAUGCAUAGAAAAUACCUGAGUAAUGUACCAAUGACAGAUCAUUUUGUGACAUUGUUCUUAUGAAUUAACAGAAACUGGAACUUUAGUACAAGCCUCCCAUAUUUCUACCUCCAUGUUUUCACCAAUGUCCUAUUCUAAUUUUUUUGGAUUGAUAUAAUCCGGGAAUUCUGAGUGUAUAGAGAUCCUGUGUAUGGAAUUUGUAUUCAUGUCUAUUAAAGGAACUCUCUAAAAACAAUAACUGAACAGCCCACUAUAGUGCCUAUAAUAUUGGAAGGAAUGCCUCGGUGGGCUCCCAGAGUAAGUAGACACAUUUACCUUGGCUCUGCCAUGCAUCCCCUGCUACACCAUGUUGCUGAAAGCGGUUGCCCCUGAGCUAAGCCCAGCUAUGCAGGGCUCUUGCUCUUGUUGCCUACGAGCGCUUAGCUGAUGCACUCUGCCAAUGAGCUGGCCCUGCAUGGCGGUGCUUAGCUCAGUGUUGCCAAUGGAAACUCCCUGCAGAAGAUUCUGCUACGAGGAUAGUUGUAGUGAUGGUCUUCCGGUGAGACCCAGGUAAAUUGUCAAACCAUUCUUAAGUGGUUUGACUGCUUUCUGUGGGUGGGUGCCAUGGUAUCGUAGUACCAUAACCACUACAGUGGGCUGUAUUGGUUAUGAUGCUUGGUGUGUUCCUUAAUGGCUUUCACAAAAGUCUGCUGGACAAAUAUUCACAGAGUGUGAUAAAUUGUUACAAUUAUGGACACAAAUAAGUUGACCGGGAUUGUAUAUUGUAAAUGUCUAUAAUUCAGUAGUGCAUGACAAUGGGAAAAUCAUUACUUGAAUAUUGAUCGUAUUUUGAUUGUUGCAUUUAGACUCCAGAAAAGAAGCAGCCAGACUGUUCGAGGGGAAGGAAAAGGAAAGCGGAAAAUCAAAGUGAAAGCAGUCAAGGUAAAACAACCUACAGUUUCAUCUACAUAUGUGCAUAUAUGUAUACUGUUUGUAAUAAGCUAAAACUUUCAACUUCUAUACUGAUUUUGCUAGUCCUCCCUUAAAAGACCACUAUAGGCACCCAGGCCACUUCAGCUUAAUGAAGUGGUCUGGGUGCCAGGUCCAUCUAGGAUUAAUCCUUUCUGCUGUAAACAUAGCAGUUUCAGAGAAACUGCUAUGUUUACAAAUGGGUUAAUCCAGCCUCUAGUGGCUGUCUCAUUGACAGCCGCUAGAGGCGCUUCCACGCUUCUCACUGUGAUUUUCACAGUGAGAAUGCUUUCCUAUGAGACUGGCUGAAUGCGCGCGCGUGUGAAUUCAGCCGAUGAUGGGAAAGGAGGAGGAGAGUCCUUAGCGCAUAGGGAGCCCGGCCCUGGAAAAAAAUUAAGGUAUUAACCCCUUCCUCCCGCAGAGCCCGCCGGGAGGGGGACCCAAGGACCCUAUAGAGCCAGGAAAACGAGUAUGUUUUCCUGGCACUAUAGUGGUCCUUUAAGAGGACUCUCAAGACUUACAGUGCAAGAAUAAGUUUAAUAGAGCAUAAUGAAGAAUAUCUUCUUUUUUUGUUUGUUUGCAUUGUGCCACAUGUACUUUGUUGUCAGCCUAUUCUAAUAUGACAUUGCUAACUGGAAUCUUUUUAGUCGUGCUUAGCUCUUUAUUGGAUAGGCAGUGCUUGAGUGUGAUUGGUUUUAGCACAUCUAAGAACUUGGUUUGUUUACACUGAUGGAACCUAUUGCAGCAUUAUUUAUGAAGAAUGUUUAAAGCAUCUUCUCCUCUAUAAAGCAUCUACCUUCACUUAACCAGUCUGUAAGGGCCCUAUCGUGCGUGUUUAUUGGAGAUCGGAUUGGAAAUGUUUUUCCAAAGUUGAUUAAUCCAAAGAAGCUCUAAGUCUUGAAAUCGAUGAUCACAACUCUGAGCAACUAAGUUCUUCUUUUUGAGUCCGGAGAGCUGUAACUUUUAUGCAGACUGAAAUUAAUUUAUUUUAACCUUGCUUAAAUACAUUUUUUUUUUUUACUUGCCCGCUAGCCAUUGACAAGUGGAAAUUCAGCCCUGGCAAGAGUGCUAUGGGCCCCCACUAGCCAUGGGGAUCCGCAGUGCUGUUUGAAAGCAGUAGCUUGUAUCCGCUAGCUUGUUUGCAUAAAGGAAAUAUUGCGAAAUCAAUGCAGUGUGUAUCUGAAUGCUUUUGGGAUACAUGUGUAAGCUAGAACUAUAGAAAUGAGUGGGUAGCCAGGGAAUCCACAGCACAUUGCUUAUUCUUCUCUGGUAUUCUAGUAUACCAUAAGGUGUAUGUGUAGGUGGUUGGAACUCACACAUAUAAAUACAUACCUGUUGCCAGAGGAGGAGAAUAUGUUCAGAACAUUUAAUCUACACAUUUUCUUGCAAAUGUACUUUAUGGCAGUAGUUUGCAUUUUAGCAACAAAGUGCUGUGCCGUGUAGGUUGGACAAUGCUUGGCUGAAUACUAGCCAACACCAUACAUCUCCAUAUCUUGCUGACAGAAGGACAGGAUACAAGUAACUCCUACUAAUUACUGUUUCCUUCUGGGCUUAAUGCCAGCUUGCAGAAACUGCAGCCAAAAGUUGUGAAGAAUGUGUCUAAGAUGGAGUCGAGCGUUUUAACAUUGGAAAGAAUAACUUCAUAGGCAAACUAAACUAGGAAGAAGCAGGAUGAGAUCUUGAUUACUAGUGGCCGAAUUUCCUUACAGUUGUGCUCUCGAAUGAGCCUGUUUAAGAGAGCUGCAGUUUUAGAACUCUAAAUGUAGAGCUAUUGUGACACUCUUAAAUCACGGAAUCAUGGUCAAAAUACCCUCUGAUUGAAGCUUUCACACAUGGAACAUGGAGAGAAAACCUAACACCAACUCCAUGUGGACUGGAACCCUUUGGAUGAAGCUUUGACAAAGUGUCUGAAACCGUUUUACACCUUAACCCCUUAAGGACACAACUUCUGGAAUAAAAGGGAAUCAUGACGGAAUAUUUCCAUCAUGUGUCCUUAUGGGGUUAAGUUGAUCCAUUUGUGCCCUAGCUGUCAUUUUUCAAUGUACCUAAUUUUUUGAGUAUUGAAACUGAUUUAUCAAUCUUUCUUUCGCCUUUUUUCCACCAGAAAAGUGUUAUGCUUGUUUUUUUCCCUCUCCCCACUACUCUAUAUUUGGCUAUAGGUAAUGUCUGGUGUUCCCAAAAGGUGCUCUAAUCAGUUCCUUAGAUUACCAUUUUUACACCUAGCAUGAAAAGCAUUGUAUUACACUUCCAAAAUAGGCAGAUGGGUUUACAUACUAGUUCUCUCACAUGAUUUUCAUCUUAUUUAUGUUAAAAUAUCCCUCAAUAAACAUUCUGCAAUCAGUUGCAUGUGGCUGUACUACCGUUGCACCUUCUUCCUGUAUACCUAAUUAGGAAAGUUAUUGUAUACGUUAGAUAUUUACAUUUUUGCAUUACUCUUUUUAUUUAUGACUUGUCAGAUGGAAUAUAGGUAUUAAUUAUGAAUAUUUUCUCUGUAGGCAAAAAUAAUGGGGGACGUGGCCACAAGAUUAGCGACUAUUUUGAGGUAAGUUUUCUUUUUUGUCAUCCUGAUUUAAAGGUGCCAUAGAAUGCUUAUAGUAAUAUCAAUAAAUAUGUUAUGAUUGUUAUUGCUCAAUCACAACGUUGUACAUUUUGAAACUUACAUUAUAAUUUUGCCACCACUGUACAAAUCCUGUGUGUCUGAAUUUUAUCCGUAGUACCAAGCUGGGAAUGGCUCCAGUCCUGUAAGAGGCUUACCGCCUUCGAUACGGUCUCCUCAGAACUCGCAUUCACAUUCCACUCCUUCCUCUUCUGUAAGUUUUCAGAACUACCAUCUGAUUUUUGCAUUACAAUAGGUACAGUUAUGGACUUCUCUGGGUGCAGCUAUUAUUCAAUAAAUCCUUUUCACUUCUCUCCAAAAUGUUCCUUAAUUUGUGAAAUUAUGAUUAACUUGUGCAGUUUUGAAUGAAUACAAAUAUCAUUUUUAAGUUCCUCCACCUAUAUUUGGAUCGUCACACAAGUGUGUGCAUGCAGCUCCCUUUGAAUUGAAUGUGUGCGCGCAUGGAACAACACUGAUUUUAAAGCAGUAUUGGCUGGAAGCAUGCCUAUUAAAUUCGGAGAGGUGUACUGUUCCACAUUUACUGUAGUGAGUAUAUCACUGCAUCCUCAUUAAAGCUUUUAUAAGAAAACAAAAGCUAUGUUUUAAUACAUACGGCAUGCAAAUAAGUCUUUUAUAUAAAAACAGACAAAGUAACCUUGGAAUAAUAUGCAAAUCCAGUUUGAAUAAUUACAUGGUUUAUCUAUAUUUCACACGUUUUUAUAUGUAAAGAAGAUACCAUAGGGUAAUUAUGGGUUUUUGUGUUUUGUUCACUUAUGCAUUUAUUUACCCUAUACCCCAAUUCCUGUAACAGUCAGUUUCUUUGUGUUUUAGGUACGACAAAAUAGCCCUUCCCCGACUGCACUGGCUUUUGCGGACCAUCUUCUAACGCCAACAAAGCAGUUAUCGUAUAAAUUAAUACAGGUACUUUUAGACAAAUAUAUCUUUUUUUUUUUUUUUUUUUUAAGCUAUCUUAUAUAUUAAGGUUUUUUUUUAUUUUAUUUUUAUUUUUAUUUUUUUUAAUUUAAAAUACAUCUAAUUGAAACAACAGAGAGGAAUAAUAAUAACAUACUGCCAUACACAUACAAACAUAGAGAUGAGUGUAAAAAGUAUUGGAAAGGAAUACAGUUCUGUUGGGACAUAAGGAAGGGGGUUGCUUACAGGGAUUUAAUAUUCCAGGCUAACUGUUGGACAGUGAUUAAUACAGUUGCUCAUAACAAAGAAGACACAUUCUAUGUUGUGUCUACUUCAUAAAAGAUGCAUACUGAGAUCUACUUUCCAAGAAAAAGCCUUACUCUCCGCUGAAAUGGUGGCAUUGUUUACCCUCCCCCAUUGCUAGCAAAUAAUCUUAUAACUGGGAUAUAUUUACUGCAAAUUAAUAGAGUGUGAAUAUCAAUUAGCCCUGUAUCCAGGCAGAUUUUAAAGGAAUUAAACCUAAAAUUGUAUUCAUUAACUUACCUUGACCUCCCCACUCCCACCCCCCCCUCCCCCUUUUUAAUUUUAAGCAUUAUUUAAAGCAUAGGCUCUUACACUUUUGUGACUUCGUUGGUGUUCUUUAAGGCAGGGCUUGACUAAUACGUUACCAUGGUGACACAAAAAAUGAGACCUGGCACACACUAUUUCUUUUUGAUGGUCAGGAAAGCUCAAACGUUUUUCCCCAAUUAAUUCCUCUGACAUUCAUACUUUUAUUUCUCUAUCUCAUCCCCCUUAUCUCACCACUGUUGGCAUUAGAAAAUGAGGAGAUGAGAAAUCUGUCCAUGGUGACAGUGAAAGUGCAUGCACUACCUAAAUGCUACAGUGCACAGAGAUAGGGAAAAACCUUCUCUGCUACCACAUCACCAGUAGCUAAGAAGGACCCAAUGUUUAUUUAAUGUUUCUUACAUUCUAUGGUAAGGAAAAAACACAAGAACUUUCAUUCUGCACCAUGGUAUGGUGAUAAGUAGUGAUGUCCCAAAUGGUUCGCCGCGGAUGGCGAACAUAUGCGCUGUUCGGUCCGCCCCUAUGUCAUCAUUGAGUAAACUUUGACCCUGUACCUCACAGUCAGCAGACACAUUCCAGCCAAUCAGCAGCAGACCCUCCCUCCCAGACCCUCCCACCUCCUGGACAGCAUCCAUUUUACAUUCAUUGUGAAGCUGCAUUCUUAGUGAGCUGUCCAGGAGGUGGGAUGGUCUGGGAGGGAGGGUCUGCUGCUGAUUGGCUGGAAUGUGUCUGCUGACUGUGAGGUACAGGGUCAAAGUUUACUCAAUGAUGACAUAGGGGGCGGACCGAACAGCGUAUAUGUUCGCCGUUUGGCGAACCGUUCGGGACAUCACUAGUGAUAAGAUUUCUUUGAUGUUUCGACCCCAAGGGAGCUAGAGCCAAUAUGUGAGAGUGGUGUAUUUGCUUAGAAGUAAAACUAUAGAUAUAAAAAUGAGUCUUUAUUUUCCUACCUAAAUAUUUGGUUAGUACCAGUUUGAACAGGAAAAACAAUCCCUGCCUCCCCCCCUCCUAAAUUAUUAAAAUGUCAAUUUAGGCAGAUUUAUACAUUUCAUUUUGCUUAAUACUUGGAGUACUUUUAUGAAGCCAUCAUGUGUCCUUGUUUAAUGUAGCAACGAUGCUUGAUGGAUUUCUGUUUAGGUUGAUAGUUUAUGAAUUCGGUUUAGGUGAGAUUAAACUAUUCUCUUAUGUGUUGAACAAGUGAAUAUGCCUGUUGAUGAUGCUGCAUAAACGUAAAUUAAAUAAAACCAAGUAAAACCAUCCUCUCUAUGUAGGUUUAGUGAGUGUUAUCCUCAUUCUUAUUAGUACACUGCAAAUGGAGGGAUGUGUGGCAUAUUAUUAUUAAUUAUUAUUGUGGCAUUAGAAAAAUGAUGUUUAUUGUGGCAGCCAAAGUUGUUAUGUCAAGGCACUGAAAUACAGUGGUUGUGCAUUUAAAUGUUGCUUAGUAUUGCGUAAUAUAAACGGGCCUUUUAUAUAUUCUUGUAUAAUAUAGAAAGAUCCUGUACAUAUUAUACUUUAUUUCUGCUUUUACUUCACCUGGGACCUGUGGGGGUUUUUUUCAGCCUGCUAGAAAAGUACAGCUUAAUUUCAUUUUUGGUACUUUUAUUUUUUAUUUUUUUUUUAGGGAAUUUGAAAAAUAUAUUUAGACAGAAGUCAAGUACAGAUAUAUCAUCAGAGAACAUUUUUUUUUUUCCUCAACCGGUUUGUAUAGGAUGAACAUAACAUAGAUUUUAGGACAUUAUCAUUAAAUAUAUCCUCUUAGAUUUACAUUUUAUUUGAAGAUAAAGGAUAUACAUUGUAUUUGUUAUACCUUUUUAUGAAUCAUGAUUUCAAAAACAGGGCUUCGCAGCUAGCUUUGUAACCAUGUAGUGAGGGAUAUGCCCACAUGUCUGACAAUAGAAACCAAUCAAUGAAACUCCCUUCAGGCGCUGACAGCCCAGCAAAUAAAGUUAUAGUCUGUGUGAAAUAAAAAUGUCUUCCUUUCAGACGGAUCUCACAAUGCUGAAACUAGCUGCCCUUGAAAGUAAUAAAAACCAAGACUUGGAAAAAAAAGAAGGCAGAAUAGAUGACUUGCUCAGGGUACGUAUGACUGUCUCUCUGAAAAUCAUUAACUGGGAAACCUGUACAGCAAUAAUGAAAAUUGUAUGUUUUUUUUUUUUUUUUUUAAAUACAUAUAUUUUUGUCAAACACAGAUGCUAUUUCCAGAAGUAAGGAAUCUACAGUGAUUUUACAUGAUUUACCUUAGCUAGCUAGCUCCAUUACCAUUUCCCUUUUUACAUGUUAGUAAUAUGGUGUCUCUGUCCUUGUAGAUAUAAAAUGCCACUGGUUCAGCCAUGAAGCCAUGAAGUGUUAGAUGCACACCUGUCUAUCCAUAGGGAAGGUUGUAAAAAAAUAAAAUACAACUCUUAGACAAAUGUGUUAUUUAAAUUUAAUCUAAAAGUGAACUAGGAAGUGGCUUCAUAUCAGUCCUUUGUUGUUUUAAAGCCAGCAAAAUACAAAACUAAUCGAUGAUUGUAUGAGAAAUAAAUUGAGGUCAUUCUAUUUUGUUUGAGGCCAGUUUACUCUACACUUUAAUGGAUUGAGCCUUGACAUCCCAACUCUGGCAGGAUACUUAUGAUUAAACAGAGUUCUACGUAAACACUGAAUUUAGUUAAAAAGUAAAUUAGAACAUUUAGGCAAGACGUGCUGAUCUGGAAUAAUCUUUUAACUCUGCCAUAGUCACACAUUACCAAUUUUAGCCCACAUUUUGCAGUCUAGUCUUCCAUUCAUUACAAUAUGGAAUAAAUGUGUAUUCUGUGCUGCACAUUUACAGCUUUCUACCUAAAAUAGGACCUCCAUUUAAUAUUUCUAGAUAAGUCUUCAAUUUUUUUUAUUUAAGUUAAAAAUUUGAAAAAAAUCUAUUUAAAAAAAAAAAAAUCAGUUUCCAAAAAUGUAAAAGUUUAUCAAAAAAUAUAAUUUGAAAAGUUUAUCCAAACAUAUUAAAUCAAAGCUGUGCUUCUAAUUUUCUCCAUUCAUGAACAUGUGCUCUUGGAGAAACCUGUGUUACCAAAACCACGCUACCUACCUCCCUACUUAUUGUUGGAAAAUGUGUCUUUAAAAAAAAAAAAAAAAAAAUUGUAACAGAAUAAAAUGUUGGAUUUUAUUUAUUUAUUUAUUUAUUUAUUCUCUGCUAGAAAACUGACAUGUGUGCCCAUCCUUGAUCCUAACGUAGCUUCAUUUUGUGAAUAUUUUCUUCCAAAUUCUGGGAAUUCUUUAAUUUUUUUACUGUACAUUUGUGUUCCUAAAGGUGCACCUUUUUAUUUCUUGCUCUCUCUUUUUUCAUUUUUUUUUUUUAUUUGUGACAUAGGAUACAUUUUUCUUUGUGUUUGGUGCAUUCAUAAACAUAUGUAGUUUUCUUGUAUUAUUUAAAUUGCAGAAGAAAUGAGACAUGAUUUGUACCUGCAAUUUUGUAAUUUUGCAGUUUCAGUUUGCAGAAAUAUUACUCUUGUUAAUCUGUACUUUAGUAAACUCUGCUUUGUGCUAACCACGUGUAACCAUGUAAGUAUAUAUGUCACAUAUAUCACAUUCAAUAUAUUUUUGCCGCGUAGAAGAUCUACUGCAUUAGCAACUGAAAGCUUACAAACAAUAUUUAUUUAUAUUCUUCUUGCAUUUUGACUAUCACAGUGUGUAGCGCCAAAAAGUAUGUAACACAAGGAAUUCAGUCUUUUAAAAACCACUCCCUGCCAUUGUGGAUUUUUUUUUUUACAUUUUAAUUCCCAUCUGAACACGCAAUUAUUUUCAAAUUGUUUUUAGCGUAGCUCGGGGAAAUAUCCUUGACUGUUUCAAGCACAUACUGUCAGAGGCUUGCUAGAAUUCUGUUGCUUUGUAGCACACUGCAAAGCCAAUCCUAAACUUCGAUAAAUUUUAUGAAUUGGCCAAUCUAUAAAUACUCUCUCUACAUCUUCUAUAAAUAGCUAGGGCAUAGAUAAAUAGGAAGACAAAUGACAGUAAAUGUUAACAAUCUGCAUUUAAAAAGAGCUGAUUACAAUUAGUUUGAACAGUUGAAUUGUAUUCACACACGAUACAUAGAAAGGACUUCAGUUGAAAUGUAAAAAAUCAUUUUUAAUUCUACUUGUAUCUUUAACGUAACAUGCUGAAGUACUUAAGGGCUUUAGAAAAAGUUCCUCUUAUUUCAGAAGUGUCAGUUGUAAGGGAAAUAUACAUUUUUACAUAAAAAAUAUAAUUUUUCUUAAAUGUCAGACAACUGCACGGAGGCACUUUCUUUUUCGCAUUAAACACUUGCAGAGAAGCAUUAGACUUAUUAUUGCUGCACGGCAGGACCCAGUACUUCUCCUCCUCAGAGUUGCAGCAAGUAGACCCUCUUGUUGUGGUGGUGCUUUUUUUUAAGGAAAUAAAGGGGUCAGAUAUCUAAAUAAUGGAACACUCCUGUGCUACAUAAAUAUAUUUAUAAUGUUGGAGUGUUCAUUUAAAGAGAUGGGUUCUGCUUAUUUGAUGCCUUUACUCCCCAUACAAAUGAAAUUUUGCUCCUAUUAAAGGAAAACUGUCUUUAUGUUAUAGUUUUGCAACAAAUAAUUAUAUAUAAUAUACUUGGUUUUGUUAUUUGUGUAGUAUUUUGCAUAAAUCAACAACAUUAAAAAUCAAAUAUACACAAUGUAAUAUGUUAUUAGAACUUCUAAAACAAUCACUUUUUUCUCUCAAUUUCAAAAUAUUGAAUCUGACCCGUUUCUGUAAUUGAAAAUUGCCAUUUUAAUAGUCACAGUGAAAGUUUUUUUUAUUUUAUUUUUUUAUUUUAUGAAUGUAUUUUUUGUCCCAUCACUAUGGGCUGUGAAGAUUGUGUUAUGUUGCUAAUGUCUUUUCAAAUCCUUUUAUUUAAAAGUUUUACUUUUAACAAAGUAUGACGAUUAAACAUUACAGUAAUAAUGCAAAAACAAGGCAAAUUUGAACAAUAAACAUGCAUGAGACUUAUGAACAAUUAUACCUAUUAUGUAGUAACUGCCUGCCUGCUUGUCAUGAAUUCUGUGCAUGGAGAAAAACUAAAACAUAGUGCAUCGUGUUGUGUUAGCCUCCAUAUUGAUUUAUUUUUGUUUUUCAUAAUUUCAGACAAAUUGUGAUCUUAGACGACAGAUAGAUGAGCAGCAAAAAGUUCUGGAAAAAUAUAAAGAGAGAUUAAAUAAAUGCAUCUCGAUGAGUAAGAAACUUCUUAUUGAAAAGGUGAGUAUGUUGGCUGCAAAAUCCAGAAGUUUAAAGAUUGAAGCAUUCAUAUUCACUGUUACACUGUUUAAAGGGACACUGUAGGCACCCAGACCAUUUCAUCUAAUUGAAGUAGUCUGGGUUCUGUGUCCGUUUUGCACUUAGUGCUGCAAUGUUUACAUUGCAACUUUAAGUUUGCCUUCUGUGACUUUCUAAGAGACAGCCACUUGGGGCUCUUCCGGAAUCCAAAUUAUCUGACGUUCAGGACGUUCUCACAGACCUCCAGUGUCAGAUUUGCACCAUAAUAAUGCUUUCCUAUGGGGAUUUCUAUUGCGUGCACUGCCAUUGCUGUGCAUACGCAUUAGUUAUCCCCCGCCGGCUGACGUGGGCGGGGGAGGAGCGUAGGCAAAGCCUGACCCAGCGCAGAGGGAUAUCUGCGUUGGAUUCAGGUAAGUGGCUGAAGGGGUUUUACCGGGAGGAGGGAGUUCCAAAGGAUGGGGGACACACCUCAUAACCCUAUAUUGCCAUGAAAAUGGCUUUAUUUUCCUGGCACUAUAGGAUCCCUUUAACCCUUGUGCGUAUACAGCUGAUGUCUAAACAGUUGUUGAUUUAGACUACUUAGUUCAUUUGAUUCUGUUAGCACAAUGUUUUAAAAGGUGUUAUUUCAUUGGCAUCUGAUCAUUAAGCAUUUGUCUCUAUGUUGUGUUAAGUUCAGUAGUUUUUUUUAAAGUGAAAAUAACAAUAUAAAUUGGCAAAGUUCAAUCUCAUAUUAUAUUGCACCAACGUCUAAAUAAAAUAAUAAUUCCUAUAUUAUAUUUGUAUUUUCUUAAGGACGGGUUACAUAUUCAUAAUCGUUUGCCAUUAUUUCAUUUUGGCCAAGUGCACCUAAUUUUUAGAAAUAAAACGAAUUAUGGGGAUUCUUUUUGUGUUUUUUUUGUUUUGUUUUUUUAAACCAAUGCCAAAUGUAAAAAUUAGGGCUUAUAGUUUAAGUUGGUGGGACCAGUUAGGUUUUAAGAAAAAAAACACAUGAUCUAAAUUUUAAAACCUAUUGCGUCUUCUCUGUCCUUGUUAGAAUUGAGGUGGAUGGAAUCCCAAUACAGCAAUUGCAUGAGAUUUUUACAUUAAAGGACCACUCUAGGCACCCAGACCACUUCAGCUGAAUGAAGUGGUCUGGGUGCCAGGUCCAGCUAGGGUUAACCCAUUUUUUUUAUAAACAUAGCAGUUUCAGAGAAACUGCUAUGUUUAUCAAUGGGUUAAGCCUUCCCCCUAAUCCUCUAGUGGCUGUCUCAUUGACAGCCACUAGAGGCGCUUGCGUGCUUCUCACUGUGAUUUUCACAGUGAGAGCACGCAAGCGUCCAUAGGAACAUUAUGAAUGCUUUCCUAUGUGACCUGAAUGCGCGCGCUCUUGCCGCGCGUGCGCAUUCAGCCCAGGAUCGGAGGAGGAGAGCUCCCCGCCCAGCGCUGGAAAAAGGUAAGUUUAACCCCUUUUCCCCUUUCCAGAGCCCGGCGGGAGGGGGACCCUGAGGGUGGGGGCACCCUCAGGGCACUAUAGUGCCAGGAAAACGAGUAUGUUUUCCUGUUACUAUAGUGGUCCUUUAAGUAACCGUUGCUUGAUUUAUACUGCUAUUCUAAAACAAAUUAUCUGUCUAGCAAUAUGUUAUAAGCAUGUCAGACGCACAUUAAAAAAAAAAAAAAAGUAACCCGUCCAAGCACGAGCAAAAGUUGUCUUUGUGAAACUGAUAUUUGUUGAAGUUUCUGCAAUUGUAGAUCAUUGAUUUACCUUUUUCAAUAAGAAAGCUUCUUUUAUCAGACAUUUGACUGUAUAGAACAUGGGUAAUGUAAUAAUUACCAGAAUGUAAUAUUAUCUGAGUAGCGUUUUAUUGUAUUUUUGUCAGCAAUGUUAUCAGUUGAAGAGAACAGCUAUCCCAUCUAUUGAGUAAUACCUACAUUUUAUGGAUCACCUGUCCAAUGUCUAAUAACCCCUGACCCAGACUAAAUAAAUGUCUGGAGUUAAUAAUAUUAAUAAUAAUAAUAAGAGCCUUCUCCUACAUAUUUCAGUGGCUGCAAACAAACAUAAUUUUCAGUUUUACAUAUAGGAUGCUGCUUAAAUAUUCAUAAUAGAAGUAGUUUAAUGCCGUAUUUUAAAAAAAAAAAAAAAAAAAGAGAAAAGAAAAUGUAUAGUUUGGCAGAAUUGCAGCCCUUUACUCCAUUGCGUCUGCAGUAGUGUUAGGAUUUGGGAUCGGGUAACUCUUUUUACUCUUUCAAAUUCUUUGUUUCAUGUUCUUCGCUAAACAGUGAUAAAAUAUUAAAUACUGGAUAUAUUUGAUAAACCAUUUUAUUGUUGUAAUUUGAUGGCUUUUAGUCUAAAAUAGAUGAACUGUAUAUUUUUCAAGUGUAAGGUCUAUUUUAGCCUACAUAUCUUCAUAUUUACUUGUCUUAUUUAGAGCACCCAGGAGAAGCUGUCGAGCAGGGAGAAGAGCAUGCAGGACAGAUUGCGACUUGGACACUUCACAACUGUCCGGCACGGGGCUUCAUUUACUGAACAGUGGACAGAUGGCUUUGCUUUUCAAAACCUUGUCAAGUUAGUCUUUUGUUAUGGGAUUUCUGAAAUUCUUUUUGCAAGUGAAUGUAUUUUUAAUGGGAGCCAAAUGAUGUAAUUGUGCUUUACUGGCAGUAAUAUCUGCUAAGGAAAGUUUGCCUGAUCUUUCAGCAGACAAUCAACGUGGCAUGUUGCAAUAGAAAUGUUUUUGAAAAUCCUUUUGUCUGCAAAGUGCCCUAACUCACGAAAAAAGUGCAGUUGAACUUAGUUGAUCUUCCAAGUAUCUUUCCUCAUAUUAGGGCGUUAAUUCUGUACCAGUUAUUUAUCUGAGGAGCACGUCUGGGAACUUGGGGGUGCAUUUGCUUCACAUGGAAAAAUAACAAAAAUUUUUUGUUUUUUUUGCUUUAAUUCCAUCAGUUAGGAACAGUUUGAUUCAUGACACUAUUUCUAGUGCUCUCUAUGGUAAUUCUGAGAUAGAGUAGUACCUUACUUCCUGGAGCACAGAUAGAGGCCCUUCCAUAACGGAGAGCACACGAAUAGCGUGUUCACACAUGCUAUUAGUGUAUAUGGGCUGUAAUUCUUUUCACCUGAAAACUAGUUAAUUCCCUAGACUAGACGCAGAGAACUUAAGCAGUGAGUACACGCCACAUUAAGAAAUUCUUAGGUUAGAAAGAUGAGCAGAUCCUUGUGUUUGUGGAUCUGGGUUCCGGGUGUUUGAUGGAAGAAUAAAAAAAAAGAUGUUGGAGUAUUUUAUGUGGCCCAUAGCUUUAGUAGAAUGCCCUCAUUACUUUAAUAGGUUUUUUCUAAAUUAUAUAUGGUUUUCCAUAGUAAGACUUUUUAUGGCUCAUUUUUUAUUUUGGAAGCUGUUAAAAAAUGUUAUGUGAAUUCUAAUAAAUCAUAUGUGGGUUGGUAGGUUAUUUUAAUUGAUAUUGAAAUCUGCACAUAACAAUGCAUCUCUCACCUCUGUGGGUAGAAAUAAAAAAUUGUGUUUUUGUUGCCUGGAUACCACUUUUAAAAAAUUUUAAUAGUUUUUGUGGGGGGUUUUUUUUGUGUGUAUUUCCUGUUCAAGUAUUCAUGUAUAUUUACAUCUCUUUCACAGACAGCAGGAAUGGGUGAAUCAACAGAGAGAAGAUAUUGAGAGACAAAGAAAACUACUGGCCAAACGCAAACCGCCAACAACAAACAACUCUCAGACCCCUUCCGCCAAUUCUGAACUAAAGCAGAGGAAAAACAAGGCUGUAAAUGGGGCUGAAAACGACCCCUUUUUAAGACCUAGUUUACCCCAAUUGUAAGUCAUUGUACAUCACUUUGUGUUAUGUUCCUGAGCUAAAAUGUAACUUUUUUAACCAAAAUAUGUACAAUUUAUUUAUUAAUCUACUAGGGUAGGCAAUCUCAAGGGGUUUUGUCUCCUCUAGCCUAUACACCCAAUUAUACAGGGCUGAGCAUCAUCAUUAUUAUUAUUAUUAUUAUUAUUUAUAUAGCGCCAUCAGAUUCCGUAGCGCUGUACAAUGGGUCAUAAAGGAGUGUGUGUGUGGUGCAAUCACAAGCUAAGUGCAAAGUUUAAUAUUCUGGUGUCAAUCACGCAUCACACCACUGCCUUAUAACUACAAAUUAUUUGUUUCCUUAUUCUACAGGAUGUUAAGAGCUGUUUUUUUUUUUAUCUCUGAUUAUUUCCAUGUAGAAUAUUUUUCAUGGUUCCAUUGUCCUGUAUGUUUGUUUUUUUUAAGGAUUUUUUUUUCUUCUGGUAACAGCUAAAAACAUAAUGUCUUGUCUUCGUUGAACUUCAAGCACCCUUUCAGAAAUGGUUUUGGCUCUUUUUUUAAUUUUUUUGUUGGUUUCCUAAAAUUGCCCUCUGGUGUGUUUUGUAUUGUAUGAAUAUCAAGAUCACAGGCUGGUAGUUCUAUGCAGUUUGUUUGUAACCGUAAUAUCUCCUUUAGAGAUUACCUAGGAAAUGAUUGUCUUUAUGUUUAGUUGCAGUUUUUUUUUUUUUUUUGUUAUUUACUUGAAUCCUUCUGAAUUAAUAUUAGAUAUUUAUGAUACGUUUAUCAUGUUCCAAAUAUUUUAUUUUGAUUUUAUUGAAAGGCUCGUUGUUUCUAUGGAUAAAGAGAAUUUAAAGCACACUUUGUAUGUGAUUUGUGUAUAUUUUUGUUUUUCUACUUAGGUUGACGUUGGCUGAAUACCACGAGCAGGAAGAAAUUUUUAAGCUGCGGCUAGGACAUCUGAAGAAGGUAUGAGACUUUAUCAGAUAAAGUAGAAACUUGCAUGUUGCAAGUGGUUGUUAUAUUUGGCAAGAUAAACAACACAACUGCUCAGGUUACCAUUUUAAUGUGUGAAGCACUUUAUUUUCCCACAAUAUAGAUAGAAAAUUAGGGAAUAAGUCAGUAGUGAAUCCUGGCCACUGAUAUCCACUGGACAAAGAAAUGCUGCAUGACCGCUCUUGUGUGCCUGGCAUUCCUCCAAAGUGCCGUACAAAAGAAUACGUGCCCUGGGUAACCAAGGGCACCGCACCAUGGGGUUAAAACAAAGGGGCGAUUGUGACGGAGUGCCAUUAUGGAGUGCCAUACCCAUUCCUGCCCACUUGCUUGUUUGUGUGUUUUUUCCCUAGUAUAGUGUGUUUCCCUUCGUUCCUCUUAUAUUUCGUAUCAUAUGCCCUGUUUACCUUUCGGGAGCACUCAUACGUACGGAACACCUUCGUCGCCCGAACGAGGACCACCCUGGUACCCCAUUAGUAUGUUCACACCAAUCAAUCAGAACGUUCACAGGAGGCACAUAAGUGCUCUUAAAGGAGCCAUAAUCUCUGUUCCCCUAGCUGCGAGGCUGGGCUCGUAGCUGCCCAGAGAGCACUUCCUCCGGUGCUAACCAAGUAGAGGUAUCCACCGGAACGAGACGCGGGACCCAUUGAGCGGAGAGUCGACUUCACGGCCGCGGAGUCCCGUUGGCCGCCUGGAAGUCUGUGCUGACCAAUAGGAGAAGGAGCUCCGUUUCAAACUGGGUUCGCGCUAUUCUCCUGAUAGGUCGGCACAAGGGAGCGCCGAUUGGAUCGCUGCGGGGUGCAGACGACCUAUAGGAAAAGGAGCACCCGUUCAAACGGGGUUUUGCGCCCUUUGUCCUUAUUGGGCGGCGAAACACCUCUCCUCCCUGUGCCCCGAUUGGCCGGAAUUGGUUUCACUCCUUUCCCCGGAUUGGUCAUUGCUUUUUUAGGGUGCAAAGUUUGAAUUGACUGGCCUAGACCAAGCAAUCCUGUGGAACUAAUUUCGGGGUUGUACAGAGCCUCGAGCACAGACUUUGAAAGAUUAUUUCUCAGGCUCUGUACAUCCGAUACCCCUGCUAUUUGCAGGGGUCCUAGCUGGGACCCAAGGCUACCCAGGGAUGUAUGUAUUGUAGAUGUGACCCAUUCCCUUCCAGGGACGCGGAGCCCCUAUGUGUUCCCCCAUAUAUGUAAUGUGCUUUACUGUAUGUACUAUUGGUAUCUCCCAGAGCAGGAGAUGAUUAUCUGUGAAAUAUCCUCCUCCUGCCUGACACUAAAAGACUUGUACUGAAAAGAGUGGAGACCCCCUGCAGGGGUCUGUGUAUAAAUUGACUCUACCAAUAAAGCAUUAUGAGUUGCUAGACCCAGAACUGUGAGGCGUCCAGUUACUUAGGGGAGAAAGGGUUAAUCCCUGUGCCAGCUUGAUGCAGCCGGUGAAGGAUGCAGCGGGGUAAGUCCUUGUAAGGACUGAGAAGCUCCCAGGGCGGUGUGCUGUCCAGCCCCUGGGAGUGGAUAGAGAGAGUCCCCUACCCGGGCCACAGCUAGGAAGCAGUUCAUGGCAGAGGUACCUCUACUCAGCCGGAGUACAGGGAGCUCCGUCACAUCUGGUGCUGCAUGACCACUUUUGUGUGCCUGGCAUUCCUUCAAAGUGCCGUACACAAGAAUAUGUGCCCUGGGUAACAGAGGGCACUGCACCAUGGGGUUAAAGCAAAGGGGUUCCAUCAGAAACUAGGACUCUUCUUUCCACCAAUAGACCGCCUCCUCAGCAACUGCUGUGUUAUGAUAUGGUAAUGAUAGGGUGUGAGUGCUGGGAUAAAUUUUAUUUUUUGUUGGUGCUCUCUAGGAAUGUUGAAUUCACCUAGAAAGCGUCUAGUCCUCCGGCCCUAAAUUGAUAGCACAUUAUGCACCUUUUAAAUGUUUGCUCAGUUGGUGUAUGUAAAUCAGUUUUAUCAUGCUUCUUAAACUUUCUGUGCUUAAAAGUUAAGUAGGUGUGGGAGUUAAAACCAUAUUUAAUGCAUGGCGCUCCCCCUAAUUUUAUUACAUAUAUAAUCAUUCGUUCCUAUUGUUGCCUAUCGUGGUAUAUACUACAAUCAUUUUGUGGAAUACAUUGAUAUCUUUUUCCAGCUAAUUGUUAUGUAUUGGCAAGUAAAAAAAAAUGAUUUUCAUUGUAUGUCUCUUUAAGACUUUAAGUCUAGAAAUGGUAAAUGAUGUAAUAGAGCAGCUUCUCCAGUUCCUUAAUAACAUUACACAAGUUGCCAAAUGCUAUCAUAUAUGAAACUGCCUGAAUUGUAUCAACAGGUGGUAAAUCUAUCUGUGUGUGAGCAUUGUCCUGGAGAGCAGAAUGCUCUGUUUAUUUCCUAGGGAGAGUUAAAGCCCACAGCAACAGCCAACUGACUGCAUUUUUCCACACAAACGCCAAAACAUUAGUUUAACCUUGGCUAAAAUGGGAUGUACUGGGGUGUUUUCUCUUCAUGUUGUCAGAGCAUUUCAUUUCAUUGUGGAAUCUUGUCUUUUGUGAUCAGUGGCAAGAUACAUUUGCAUAAAGGUACUCUGCUGUGGGAUGUCCAACUGCUUUGUUCAUCUGCUGUCAGACAACAUCUCUCAUAAUUAUGGGAAUUGUAAUCUGGAAGACCUGAAUGCAGGAUAAACUAUUGUUUAGACCAGGAGUAGGCAAACCUUCACCCUUUCAGAUAUUUUGGACUACAUCUCCCUCUGAUGCUUUGUUAGCAUUGUGGCUGUAAGAGCAUUAUGGGAGUUGUGAUCCACAACAUCUGGAGUGGCAAUGGUCAUCUAUCCAUGGUGUAGACAUACAUUACUUACUCUGUCUACCUUCCCUGAUCAGUAUAUAUAGACGUGCCCACAUAUACCAAAUCAUAUGCAUCACAAAUUAACUGGAUUUAUUCCUCUGUGUUACAUUGUUACCCAGUUUCUUGGUUUACCAUUUGAAAGAACUCUGUGGCGCACACACAGACCAUAGAGCAGUAGUGGCUGGCAGGCAUUCCUGCUGCUGCUGCUGUUGAAAUAUCAUUAUCUAUAUCCAUGCAUAGAUAUACCUAAUAAAACAGGGUGGCUACUGCAUCUUUGCUACCCUAGUACAAAGACUGUUCAGUUUAAGCAAUAUGUAUCCUUAAAUAUCGCAUGAACGUUUUAAAUGGCCACUUACAGCCUAAUGGGGUGGCUCUGGUGUAAAAAGCCUGUCCAUGCAGCCUCAGCAGUGUAAACCUUUUCUGUGAAAAGGCAGUGUUUACAUUGCUGCUCAAGGGUGGCUUCCCAUUGAGAGGCAUUUAGUCAAUUGCUGCAUAUGUGCAUUAGACCUCAAUGCUUUGACUGACUGAGAUCAUCAUUAAUGAUGAUCCCAGCCAGGAAAGGAAUACACAUUUGUACUCCUCAUGUUAGUGUUCCUUUAAUUCUGUUGUUUUUUUUUUUUUUCUGGGCAUUAUCCUAUUGUCAUUCCACUGAAUUCCAGUUUAUAUUCUGUUUACCUUUAUUCUUUCAGGAAGAAGCAGAAAUUCAGGCAGAGUUGGAACGUUUAGAAAGGGUUCGAAAUCUUCACAUACGAGAACUUAAAAGGAUAAAUAAUGAAGACAAUUCACAGUAAGACAUAGUUUGCAAUAUGCAAUUUUACAAUGUGGUUGUUUGUGCAGUUGUGUUUUAUUUUGUGUUUUUUUUUCAAAAGUUGUAAUGUAUGUGAUUUGCUUCUUUGGUGGACCCUUACACUAUUUAUUUUAUGUAUUUAAAAAAUAUAUAUAAAAAGAAACUGUAAAUGGUUGCAAGUAUGCUUUGUAGCAAGAGAUCACUGUUAAGCUUGGGCAACAUCAAAUGAGAUUAAAAAUUUUUCGGUGGAGGAGCUGUCUUUUUUUUUUUUUUAAUUUUUUUUUUUAACUUUCGUGUAUUCUGUUAAAGUGGCUUUGUCACCCCGUAAAGUAUUAUGAAAUACUGACAUUGACUGUGUUGGAAUUUCACAGUCAAAAGAUAUACUGAGACAAAGAACUAGGACUACUUUGAGUAUUUUUUACUACACUUGACAAAGGUUGAGAAAAGACAGUUACCUCUUGUCAAGCUUAUCAUUUCCCAGUGACGGCUGUAGAGGGGUAAAUAAACUCUUUUUAUUGCGAAUUUCUUGGAUCCUCUAUAAACCUCAAUGCUCUACUCUUGCGAGUGUACGAGGGUACUAUGGUGUUGACUUUGGCUUUUGGCAGAGAAGCACCAGGAGCUGAAGAGGACCAGACAGAAGAUGGUGGCAAUGCCCACGAGGGACAGAUGCAGGUAAGUAUACCCUACCUUUUUUCCCUGCACUUUCUAAAUUGUCAAAAAAAUAUUAGAACCCAGACACACGCAGCACUUUAUCAAGCUUAAGGGGUCUAUGUGUCUGGCGUGUUCCUUUAAACGCCAAGAGAUCAGAGUUACAUCUUAACUUGAUACAUUCCCAUCUGCCAUGUAGUAUAAUCCCUGUUCUUCUCCUGUAGCACUUAAUCAUAACUUCCAAGUGAUUGAACUAGGUAGCCAAUUUAAAAAAAAAAAUAUAUAUAUAUAUAUAUAUAUAUAUAUUUUUUUUUUAUUAUUUAUUUCCCUAGUUUGCCCGUUUUGGAUUAAAAGUGGCUUUUUUUAUGGGCCAGCUCUCUCCAAUCCAUGUUUAGUGAAUAAUGCAUAGAGCCUUAUAACUGAUAUUGCAUUUACACAAUAAAAAUAAAAGACCACAUUUUAUUUUAGAUUGUGAAAAAACCUUAUGAUAACACAGAUUUGUGAAUAUCUUCAGUACACUACUUUCCAAACGUUUAUGUAUAAGAAUUUUCUUUUCUUUUUUUUUUUUUUUUAAAUUUAGUUUUUUUUUCUCAUGUCAAAGGUGCAUGCGUAUUCUUCAAUUUCAUUCCAUGUAAUUUAACUGUAACUAUACAAGAAUUCUUCUACUGGCAAAGAUUUAUGAUGGGUUUCCAAAGCCCUCUGUAUGAUGCAAACUGGACCAUUGUCAGAUACAUGGCUUUUGUAACCGUAAGCAUUUUUGCUGAUUAUUUGUAUGUACCUUACAUUAAUCACUUUAGAUUACUGACCUGCAUUCUGCUACUUUCAGAUUUAAAGAUCACCCUACGUUGAAUGAACGUUAUUUAUUACUUCAUCUACUAGGUCGAGGUGGUUUUAGUGAAGUGUACAAGGUAAGUUGAUUUAAAAUUACAGUCUAUUGAAAGCUUUUUAAUCCACUUUAAGCAUGUAUUUAAAGAUUAACAUUUGACUCUGAGAAUUUGUGGUUUACAGUUUGUGUCUAAAGAUCAGUGACUUUUAACAUAUUGCUGAUCUUAAGCCAGGUCCUGUAACUGCAAUUAUGCUUUUUAGAAUCUAUGAAUCAUGUGUGAUUAGAGGCCCAUUUACAUUUUUACAUCACAAAACGAUUGGUUAUAGCUGAGAAUCCUGUCUUGUUUACAUCCUUAACCCCUUAAAGGACCACUCUAGGCACCCAGACCACUUCAGCUUAAUGAAGUGGUCUGGGUGCCAGGUCCCUCUAGGAUUAACCCAUUUUUUUUCUUUUAUAAACAUAGCAGUUUCAGAGAAAACUGCUAUGUUUAUAAAUGGGUUAAUCCAGCCUAUAAAGCCUCUAGUGGCUGUCUCAUUGACAGCCGCUAGAGGCGUUUGCGUGCUUCUCACUGUGAAAAUCACAGUGAGAAGACACCAGCGUCCAUAGGAAAGCAUUAUGAAUGCUUUCCUAUGAGACUGGCUGAAUGCGUGCGCAGCUCUUGCCGCGCAUGCGCAUUCAGCCGGAGAGGAGGAGGAGAGCUCCCCCUCCCGGCGCUGGAAAAAAGGUAGGUUUCCUUUCCUCGCCAUCCAGCUUGGCGGGUGGGGAACCCUGAGGGUGGGGGCACCCUCAGGGCACUGUAGUGCCAGGAAAACGAGUAUGUUUUCCUGGAACUAUAGUGGUCCUUUAAGGACACAUGACAUGUCAUGAUUCCUUUUUAUUCCAGAAGUUUGGUCCUUAAGGGGUUAAAAGAGAAGUGCUUUUCAAGUUAAAGGACCACUCUAGGCACCCAGACCACUUCAGCUUAAUGAAGUGGUCUGGGUGCCAGGUCCUUCUAGGGUUAACCCAUUUUUUCAUAAACAUAGCAGUUUCAGAGAAACUGCUAUGUUUGUGAAUGGGUUAAGCCUUCCCCUAUUUCCUCUAGUGGCUGUCUCAUUGACAGCCACUAGAGGCGCUUGCGUGCUUCUCACUGUGAUUUUCACAGUGAGAGCACGCAAGCGUCCAUAGGAAAGCAUUGUAAAUGCUUUCCUAUGCGACGGGCUGAAUGCGCGCGCAGCUCUUGCCGCGCGUGCGCAUUCAGCCCAGGAGGCGGAGAGGAGGAGGAGAGCUCUCCGCCCAGCGCUGGAAAAAGGUAAGUUUUUACCCCUUUCCCCCUUCCAGAGCCGGGCGGGAGGGGGUCCCUGAGGGUGGGGGCACCCUCAGGGCACUAUAGUGCCAGGAAAACGAGUAUGUUUUCCUGGCACUAUAGUGGUCCUUUAAUCUAAUUUGUUUUGACUUUUAAUACCUUUUUUUUAACCUAAUUAUUAUUUUUUCUUUUUCACCUUUUGUCAUAUUUAAUCUUUUUGAUACAAUAUUUGAAAUAAUGGAGCCAUGAUGCAAUUAGAUAAUUUCUGUUAUUACCAUUGUCAGAUGCAGAAAUUCAAUUGAAGGAUAAAUUUACUCUACACCCACUGAAUAGCAAAUAAUUGUACAUUGUGCAUGAAAUAAAAUGUACUGGUUACUGGUAUCUGUGGCAUCCAUGUUUUAACUGGAAUUUAAAACCAAAUUUGCAACUCUAGUUAAUUACCCUCUCUCUAUUUCAAUAUUUUCAUCAUGCUUUGAUUUAUCAAACUUUGAUCUCUUCUUGUACAAAGUAUAUCUAUUUUUUGUAUUGAGGAUUAUAUUCUGUGAAAGAAUGUCUUUUAGUGCUUCAUAGAUAAGUGUGAUACAGAGGUCAGUGUAAUUUAGAGUGCUGAAGGAAUGACUCACUCACACGUAUCACUGGCUUUUUUUUCUUUUUUAUAUGAGAGCCAAGAUAAACAUAGAUAAUAAUAAAAAAAAUAGAGAUACAAAUGCAAUUGAGAUUGCAAAAUACAAAGAUUCUGAUUUCAGAUCUGCUUGCUGCCAUACGUUCUAUUGAUGUCUUCCAGAAAAAAAUUCGUUUUCACAUGUUUCCAACAAGUUGUGUACUGCCUCCAAUGCCCAGAGAAUGCUCAAAAUUCAAAAGUCCUGCACAGUCAGCCAUGUUACUACGACACUUUACACUGCUUUCUAAAAGUCGCAAUGCUCAUGUAUCCUCUCCGUUGUGUUAGCCAACAUCUGCCAGGGAUUGCUUAGAUGAAAUAUCCAUUCUCUUAUCAUCAUAUUAAAGCGGCACUGUCAUGACCCUGUGAAAUUCCCGUGCAUGCCCAGUUAAACACUUGGGCAUUCGCUAUUGUCCGAAAUUCGGACGGGUAGUUCAGGUAUUCGUACAUUCGUCAGAAAGACGAAUAAAUUAAUAGAUAUUUCAAACAAACGUCUUUGUUCAUUUCUUUAGCUUAUUACAAGGAGGGGACCACCGGCUUGCGGUAAUAUGUAAAAAUAGAAGUGACAAGGGGCAUUGCCUACUUACUGUCCCUCACACCCCUGUCCCCACCUAUGAGUGGCGGGUAGGGGCCCUAAGUGACAAGUGGGUGGGGGGGACCUACUGCCUCUACCUAUGAGCGGUGAGUGGGGGCCCUAAAUGACAAUGUUGGGACCUAUUGUGUCCCCAGCCCCCUCCCAUUGGUGACGGGGUUUGAUGUAAAAAUAACCCCUCCUCAGGUGACUAGGGGUCCCCAAGCCCCACACUUUUUAAAAAAAAAUUUAUUUCCUCUCUAAAACCUUCUUUUUUCGGCCUCCAAUUAAGGCUAACCAAAAAGCCACUAAUCCCGUCAAACUAAUAAAAUAAAAAAGGCCUGAUAGCAAGCAAAAAAACAAGCGAAAAAAAAAUCCAGAUGCUAAAAUAUAAUCCAUCGUCACCCAUCGAAGGCUGAGCUCCGCAGGGUGGGGUAAGCUUUAUAAACCAUUCCCAGGCCCCACAAUUUGACUCAGAGCACUCUGAUUGGUUGGCUUAAAUCUUGAGCCUUUCUUGGGGCCCCCAUCUGCCCACUAAUCCCCCAUUUAGUUUAAUAGCCCCCACUCACGGUUAAUUAUUUUAAUACUUUGCCCACUAUGGGGCUUUUUAUUGGAUAUGGGGGAGGGGGAUGAGUAAUGCACAAUUUAAAAUAAAGAUGUACUUUAGGUUAACUAAAAUCUUGUAUAUAAACACUUAAAGGGACACUGCAGGCACUUCUGCUCAUUGGAGUGGUCUGGGUGCCAACUCCCACCAUCCUUAACCCUGCAAGUGUAAUUUAUUGUAGUUUUUAUAAACUGCAAUAAUUACCUUGCAGGGAUAAGUCCUAGAGGGACUUUCGUGUUCUUAGAACACGAAAAGUGUUUUAAAUGACGCUGGACUUCCUCACGCUGUGAGGACCUCCAGUGUCGCCGAAAUCCCCAUAGGAAAGCAUUAAAUAAAGCUUUUCUUAUGGGAACGUCUAAUGCGCGCGUGCAGCCAUUGCCUCGCAUGUGCCUUAGGUCUCCCCCGCCGGCUGGCAGCUGCGGGGGAGGAGAGUAGGCGGAGCCUGACCCAGUGCCAAGGGACAAAGGGACAUUGGCGCUGGACUCGGGUAAGUCUGGCACUGGAGAGUCCCUUUAGGUAUUGGAAUUUGUUAUAUAGAUUUAACACUGAAGACGUUUUUUAAAAGCACACUGUUUGCAUACAAAACAAGAAACUAUUUUAGAGUGUUUACUUGUUUCUAUAAUGUUUUUAAGAAGGUAUUUUCUUUUAAACAUACUAACAACAUAGUUUUACUCACGUGCUGUUUGUCAGGCUAGGUGCAUGAGCUAAAAUCAUCUUCAUUCAGCUGCAGUUGUUGGAGUGACAGUCUCUAAACUGCUACUACAGUGAGAGACCUUCACUUUGACAUGAGCUCACUACAGCAGACCUGAUUAGAGACCCCUCUAUAAAAUUAAAAUAAAGCCAAAUUAAUCUCUGAGUGCACCAGAGGUGCAGCCUGUAUGUUUCAAACUGAAGCAUGUAGGACUCUUGCUCAAGAUAAAAAUGACAUGUAUUUUAAAACGUCAAUUGGCUAAUUUGAAACAAAACAGAAGGGGGCUGUCCGGUUGGAAUAUUGGUAGCACUAAUUGGAACUCUGGUAAGAAUAAUAUGAUGUGAUUAGUCCAAUAGCUCUGAUUUGUGAUCUGUAAUAUUUAACCAAUUAUAAACCGACCUGCUGUGCAGAUUUCUAAAACCAGGACAGGAGUAAAAAAAAAAUGGGACAGUCUGCAACUAUAUAAAAAGUGCAUUACAUUUUAGCUCUGUGCUGGUGCAUUUUUUAUUUUUAUUAAAACUAGAUUUUAUUACAAUAUAAAUGUGACUUGGGAGAAAAAUGAAAACUCAGCCAAGCAGAAUUUAUGUUAAAUAUAUCCAAUAUCCAAUCCAAUAGUUAAUAUUUUUUACUUCUUUUCCUUCUAGGCUUUUGAUCUUUAUGAACAGAGAUAUGCUGCUGUGAAAAUUCACCAACUUAACAAAAGCUGGAGGGACGAGAAGAAGGAGAACUACCACAAGUAAAUACGUCACUCCCCUUUUAUAAUACAGCUUGUCACUCAGCUCUGCAUGUGAAUUAACCUGUCUGUUUGUUUUAGGCAUGCCUGCCGAGAGUAUAGAAUACACAAAGAACUGGAUCAUCCCAGAAUAGUUAAGCUGUAUGAUUACUUUUCCUUGGAUACAGACACGUAAGUUAAAAAAAAAAAAAAAGAACCCGUGUGUUUUUUUUUGUUGUUUUGUUUUUUCCCCUCACAUUUUAGCUUCAGAUUUUAAUAUUUUAUUUACUUAUGCCCUUUAUUUAACCAAUAUGUGUAUGUGAGGUCUCAAAAAUAUGAAAUGUGCAAAUCUGAACCAAUGUAUUUUCUGCCAUACUGGAACAUAGUGCAUCCAGCUUGGGUCCCUAUACAUUAAUUCAUAUAAGGUCUGCCCUCAGCGUAGGGAGACUGAAUGCCAAGUUCUUGUAACGGUGAUUAAUAGGAAGCCGACAUGGAGGGGAAAUGUGACCUUACUGUGCCUGGACUGUACUUGAUUGUGAUGUCUGUUGUUUAUAAAGAGACAACAUAUUCCGCAGCGCUGUACAAUAAGUGGACUAACAAACAAGUAGUUGCAAACAAGAUAAGUUGGACAUACAGGAAGAGAAGGUGCUGAGGGCCCGGCUCAAACCAGCUUACAUUCUAAUUAUUAUACAUUUAAGAGAAAAUGGGGCAUGACAUAAUAAGAGUGUUAUACACUUUACAAUAUCCACAAUGAUUUUAGUGUUUUAUCCAAAAGUGUAAUUAUAGGAACACUGCAAUGCCCAAAAUGGGCAAAAAAAUAAAUCACUGUUUAGGAGAUACACCCCCAAUAAAUCCAUGCAUGGAUUUAUCAGGGAUAUAUCUUAAAAGAACUUGCAAAGGCACAGAUCUUAUGAACUGCAGCCUUAGCAAGCCCUUCCCAUUUUUCCCAAAGGAGACUUUCAUUCUCUUUACAGGGAAAUAAACUUCUCAUUGAAUAGCCUCUAAAUUGGUGCCCACGUUCUGUGCGCACCGGCUCACGCACGGACACGCACUGUUAUCUGUGCGUUCCGGUCUGGAAGAGCUGGUUUGAGGUCUGCUUGGGGAGCUAACAGGCAUAGGAAGGAAACAUCACUGGCUGUUUGACAGCUUGCACUUUUAUAAACUGGGGUUAAACUAGGAUACUCCUCACCCAUAAAACACUGCAGCAAGCUUUUGGGGUGUGGAGUGGUCUUUUAACAGAGAAGUGAAUGUAACCCUUUAAGCUUCGAUUUCAAUUAUUAAUUUAUAGUCUUAUCUUUUUGCUUAUCUUUUGGGAAUGUAAUAAAUCUCACUUAUUUAAUUUUGUCCCCACUGCCCAGUUUUUACCAUCAUCAUAAGAAGGUAUUCCUAGUAAAACUAAACAUUUAAAGAACAGAACGACAGGUUUGAAGGAAUACGAGAUAAUAAUAAUAAUUUGUUUAUUAUUUUCGUGUUUUUAAUUAUAUAUUUAUUAGAACUCUCUUAACACCUUUAUGACUGAGCCUUUUCCCAAAUGCUGUAAUUUUGUGACCGAUGCCUUUUUGGCAUUUUUGUGUUUUGUAUUCCACUGUAAUUUGACACUUUCCCUUAAAAUGUACAUAUAUAUAUAUAUAUAUAUAUAUAUAUAUAUAUAUAUAUAUUGUGACGAAAUGCCUUUUGUCCCUGGAUUGUUAGGUGACAAGCUGCCCUUUGCCCCCGGCUUUUGGAGGAGCCUGAUUGCCAGCCUCCUUCCUCAUUAAUAUGGCCCUGGGGUGUAUUGCCAUUUAAAAAGACUAUUUGGGGCUUAUUGGCUUCUAAAGACAGUUUCUUCCCAUUGGAAUCCAUGGGAAGGUGUGUUUCUUCCCCUCCCCCGUUUCCUGUCUAUUGUUCACCUAGAUUGGGCGCUCAGAUCCGAGUUAUCUGGGGAUAGGUUAAAUGUGGGGGUUCUGUGUAAUAAAAUAAGAAUUAUGUAUUUUCAUGUACUUUUACGUAUUUUUGCUGUUAGUGUUAAAUGUAGAUAUUUUCUGUACCUGGAGAUAAUUGAGUUUACUGCAGUGCCUUAAGCCAAUUAUCUCCAGGAUGGAGAGGAGGGAUUUCAUUGUGUAUGUGAGAGUGUUAUCAUGUUAAUUAGUGUUCCCAUUGGUUUGUGUCCCUUUUGUCACAGUUUACCACCAGGUCCAGGGGGUGUGCCUCUGACCUGAAAACUUGUAUAUAAGCAGUAAUAAACGCUCAUUGGAGUCAGAUCAUCUUGUACCUUCAUGAAGUUUCGGCUCAUGUUUGGGGGAUUGGAGAAACUACACUCUGGGGAUUGCUAUAAUCACUAUACUCCCCAGGGUAUAAUCACUAAGCUCUGCUAAGAGCUUGUUCCUGUUCCUGCUCUCUGGAAUUCGGAGAGAGGUCGACCUGCUGGAAGCUGGACCCUGGUCCUGGGUCCAGAGUGGGUGGAGACGGCGAGACCCCAACCAAGCUGCGGCGGUUCGUGGGGUCUGCAGUGGUUAUGGUGUCAGGCAGAGUGCUUGGAGUCCUCGGAAAGCACUAGGAGCAUCCGUCGGCGGAAGGUACCCGGUCGGGGUGCCAGCGGUUCCGUUACAGUGGUGGCAAGCGGUGGGAUGGCGUCCUAGUGCGAGGUAAAGCAGCUCGGAGACACAGUUCGUGGAUUUACAAAUUGAGAGCAACGCUAGUACCCGUACAGCGACCCUAUCUACAAAAGAACUAACUUCAGCAGCGCAAGCAUGGCACCCAGCUACACUCAGGAGCAGUAUGACAGAGAGUUUACCAUGCGGCUGGCUUUCUUUGGACCCAACCCCCCGGAGAAAUACGUGCAGCUCGUAAGGAGCCAGGUAGACGAGUACCUGCAGUUCAUGGCAGAUCCAGCCAAAGGUAUCGGCCGCCCUAUCCGGUGGCAGAGUGCGUUACGGGGACUCAAAGGUGUACCCCAGGGAGCUGAAGGUGUUGUCCUUCCUCCCCAGCGGCAGAGUAAGUCCCAGGGAGCUGAAGGUGCAGUCCUUCCUCCCCAGCGGCAGUGUGUAUCCCAGGGAGCUGAAGGUGCAGUCCUUCCUCCCCAGCGGCAGUGUGUAUCCCAGGGAGCUGAAGGUGCAGUCCUUCCUCCCCAGCGGCAGUGUGUAUCCCAGGGAGCUGAAGGUGCAGUCCUUCCUCCCCAGCGGCAGUGUGUAUCCCAGGGAGCUGAAGGUGCAGUCCUUCCUCCCCAGCGGCAGUGUGUAACCCAGGGAGCUGAAGGUGCCGUCCUUCCUCCCCAGCGGCAGUGUGUACCCCAGGGAGCUGAAGGUGCCGUCCUUCCUCCCCAGCGGCAGUGUAUAUCCCAGGGAGCUGAAGGUGCCGUCCUUCCUCCCCAGCGGCAGUGUGUACCCCAGGGAGCUGAAGGUGCCGUCCUUCCUCCCCAGCGGCAGUGUGAGUCCCAGGGAGCUGAAGGUGCCGUCCUUCCUCCCCAGCGGCAGUGUGUACCCCAGGGAGCAGAAGGUGCGUCCUUCCUCCCCAGCGGCAGUGUGUAUCCCAGGGAGCUGAAGGUGCGUCCUUCCUCCCCAGCGGCAGUGUGUACCCCAGGGAGCUGAAGGUGCAGUCCUUCCUCCCCAGCGGCAGUGUGUACCCCAGGGAGCUGAAGGUGCCGUCCUUCCUCCCCAGCGGCAGAGUGUCCUGCAGGGAGCAGAGACCGUCAGUCUCGCACCCCAACCACAGGACAAAAUAAUGAAAGGGGAGACAGCUGGUCCCCCUCUCCACCAGCAGAGAGAGUGUCAGGGAGAGGAGCCUGAUACCCCUUCUCCCCAGCGGCAGUUUACAGUUCAGAGAGAGGAGCUUGUUACACCCUCUCUCCAGCGGCAGCCUAACCCAGCAAGGGGAGAUGUUACACCCCCAACAGUGCAGAUGGGACUGUAGUCUCUGCACUUACAGCACAAGGGGUAGGGACAGUCGGUCCUGUUCCCCAGCCACAGAGCGGUGUAUCCAGAGGGGAGACAGUCGGUCUCUCCCUCCCACAAUCAGGCUCCCACCAGGCUACUUCCGUGGUAGCACUGGCAUCAGGGCAGAGUACUGCUGGUCUCUGCCCACUCAGCAACCCACCAAGGCAGCCUAACAAUUGCCCACACAGUCGUGGUGAGGCACCUGGACAUGGACAAAGUUCUCCUCUACCCAGGUGUAGUAACCAGUUAUUGUGGGUGGGCUGUACUGCUGUUUCUGUUUUGUGGGUGGGUUGCUGGACUAACCAGGGCACUGACCGGCAGGAGGUCAGAUACCCUGUUAGUCUAGUUGGUAAAGGGGAGAAGUGUGGCGAAACCAACCUCGCCACUGUGAACUGGAGAAGCCUGGUUGCUCGCCUGCUCCCUUUGGACUAUGGCCCUGCAGGUUAAACCGUUUUUUUCCCCUGCAGAAAGGCUUAUUUGUGUGAUCUGAGUGCCAUUCAUCUAAUAAUGUGCACUCAGAUCCCAGCUAUCUGGGGAUAUGUGAAAUGUCUGUGUGUUAUGUGUAAAUGUGACUUUAUGUAUUUUAAAGUGUUUUGUGUCUUUUUGCAACCAUGUGCUUAACCAGGCUACUUCCGUGGUAGAUAAUUGAAUUACUCUCCAGGAUAGAAGACUCUGAAACUAGGUUUGGGCCAGAAAGCCAUGCUUCAUUUAGUCACAAAGGACUUUCCCUUAACUUUUGAACCCCUGGUCUGAUUCGUGCCAUUUUUUAAUAUGUUGUUCCCCUGAAUGGAUUGAUUAUGAAAAUGUAUGUUUUAUGUUUGUGACAUGUAUAUUUUAGAAGUUAGAAAUAUUGUGUAAAAACUGUAUUCCUCUGCCGGUGAUAAUGAGAUUACCCAUUGUGUUCAGUAAUCAUAUCACCUGCAGAGGGGAGGAUUUUGUGUGGGAGUGUCUGGGUGUAUUGUACGGAUUGAUUGGUUGUUUUGUAACGCCCUGUGGGCUGUACUAUGUUUGUGGAUUGGGAAUAAAAGAGACUGUAUGUGACAGUACAGGGAGUUCCUGUUUUAACCCUCAAAGUGAAGUGUCGUCUCAUUAUUGGGGGAAGGAUUUAUUGUAUGCUGUUCCAGUUUGACUGCUAGGAGAGUAAACCUAUUCGUAUGGUUCCUAUUCAACUGUCUACAGCAUUCAAUGCUUGAGAGGAUUCAUAUGCUUCUCCGGUUCGGUGGUUGUGGUGUCUGCUGCAGUGCUUGGAGUCCUCAGGAAGUGCUAGGAGCAUCCUUUAACGGAGGUACCCAGUCGGGGUGCCAGGCUUAAUCCAAGCAUAUAUAUGUGCGUGUGUGUGUGUGUGUAUAUAUGUAUAUAUAUAUAUAUAUAUAUAUAUAUAUAUAUAUAUAUAUAUAUAUAUAUAUAUGUGUGUGUGUGUGUAUAUAUAUAAUAAUUUUUUUUUUUAUAUUUUAAAGGAUGGUGACCACUUUCUUCGGUUCUUCUGAUACCGUUUAUGUCUAUUUAACACUAGUACUAAUACUAGUACUUAAUACCAGUUGUGAACAAAAUACUAAAAAAGUGGUAUAAGCGGAAUUUUGCUCUUUCUAACUUAUUGCUGAUUGUCCUGAUGGUGAGGUAGUCCAGCGAUAGCCAAUUAAGAGCUUAUCCCAAUAUGCACUGUGGCAGCCGGGCAUCAGCUGUCAAUCCUACUAUAGGACCACUGUGAGAGGCUGAGCCUGAUAGGCAUGGUGCUCACAGGUACGGCUGUCUCCACGAUUGCCUGCCUUGUGGAACCUCUAUAUAGCUGUUUCUGUGACGCCUUACUACUGAGGUAUCCAGAAAUAACAAAAUCGCUGCAACACCGUGAUCACUGUGAUCUAAGGGCCACUUACACCCAGUCUGUUUGUGGUUUGCACGAAGUUCAGAACUGACCGUUCUGUAGGGACUCAGGCAGGAAGGGGUUAACAUCUGUCUCUGUAAAGUUUAUUUUUGUACCAACAGGUGGGCAAGCCCCUUUAAUAUUUUAGCAGCUAAAACGUGAAAUGCUUAUUGAUGUGUGCCAUUUGACUGGGGCCUUGAACGUUAAUAUUUCUCUUUCCAGUCCUUAUAAAGAAAUAUAACCUAUUUGCUGCAAGUGAAAAAGUUUUAUGUUUUAUGCAAUUCAGACGUAUCAUUUACUAAUUUAUUGUUCUGUUUUGUUUUUGUGUUGCAGGUUUUGUACAGUGCUAGAAUACUGUGAAGGCAACGACCUUGACUUCUAUCUAAAACAGCAUAAGUUAAUGUCGGAAAAAGAAGCUCGGUCUAUUGUAAUGCAAAUAGUCAAUGCACUACGUUACCUCAAUGAGAUUAAACCUCCCAUCAUCCACUAUGAUCUAAAGCCAGGUAAACAUCAAGCACCUGCAAUAAAUUUGCUGCUUUUUUUCCCCAUCGAUAAAGCCAUCUGCCCCUGUUGAGGCCAUUAACCUUACUAGUAAUAUAUUGAGUAAGGUCUAACUGUGCGACGCGUUCUACAUCCACAUUCCAUUGGUUUUAAGGUGAUUGCUCUGUGUUAAAAGUUUGCCCUUGAAGUUUGUUUAUGCACAACCUCCAAAGUAUUUUGUGAAAGUGUUUUGUGUGCUCACUAAAUAUUAACCGGGUUAUUUACUAAAAGGGAAAGUUGGCUGGAAUGAAUAGUGAAUUUCAAAAUUUAGGCCAAAGUAACCAAAUUAGAAAGAAAUUCUGUUUUAAUUCUUUUUUUUUUUUUUUUUAAGCCUUAAAUUUGAAAUCCACUUUCAGGGUUAUUUACUAAAGUUAGAAUUGUCAGAAUUUCAAAGUGAAUUCAAUUAGAGUUAUAAAAAGUCAGGUAUGCUUCCAUACGUCGGCCUUAAAUUUGAAAUUCCUUUUGGAUUCCCGGCAAUUGUCACUUUAGUAAAUAACUCUGUUUGAAUAUACUUCAAAUUCUCAUUAAUGCUCACUUUAAUGAAUACCCCUGUAAGACUUAAUAAAGUUAUUAACCUACAUCUCUUAUGUAAUGUUUACUACAGUUCCAUGAGAAAAUAUCGUUUUUUUGAGCAGAAGGGAGAGGGGCUCACAGACUCUUUAUUCGUUAUGUACAGACAGGGUCAUUAAAGGUUGAAUUGUUUGUUAUGCAAAAUAAAUCUCAAAUAUUAACUCUAAACAGCAAAAAUUAACAUAACUGGUUUAGGUAUUUAUUUAUUUUUAAAUUUGGCUAUUUUGCGCUAAAAUUAAGUCAAUUAAUCCAUAUUAAUGUUGGUAUUAAUUCUUGAUAGUCAAGCUUAAUUCAAAUGACCGUAUCAUUUAGAGAAUUUAAAGAGUUAACCAAUUACGAACCAACCUAUAUAAUCAGAACAAACUGCUCUUAAAGCACCUUAUUAAUAAAAAAAAAAAUUGUAUUUCAAUGAAUGACUGCACAGGGACAUGCAUUGCUGUCAUAACUCUACAAGGACUAGAUUUGGGUGACAGCAAUAUGUAUCACAGGUGGUCCUAACUUGUUCCAAUAUUCGCUACAGUUUACCCAGGGUAUUGUGCAGAAUUUAUUACUCUAAUUCAGAGGUAGUCAACCUUCAGAACUCCAAAUGCAACGGACAACAUCUCCUGUAAUGCUCUUACAGCUGUAAUGCUAAAGCAUCAGGGGAGAUGUAGUCCCCAACAUAUGGAGUGCAGAAGAUUACCUACCCCUGCUCUAAUUGCAAGCUCAGUAUCCAACCGGUGGAGUAAAACUGAUUUAUGAAGUGUCUGCUCUUCCCUGCAGGUUUAUACUCCAGUAUUAGAAUUAUUUUAAUUGAGCGGUAUAGAUCUGUGUUGAUAUAGUUUUGCAUUUCAUCCCAAAAAGUGUGAAAUAGUAAUAAUUACUUUGCAUAGAAUGGGCAUGGGUGACAUGGAUAAUACUUGAAGUGCCAGUUACCAAUCAUUAGCUCACUCCACUGGCAUCCUUAUGGUUAAUAUGCGUGUAUUUUUUGUGGAAUAGUCCCUGGCACCAGGUUGAAAGCACACUUGUUCAUGAGAAAAUGUAUUUUUCAGGAAACAUCCUUCUUGUUGAUGGGACAGCAUGUGGAGAGAUAAAAAUUACAGACUUUGGUCUGUCCAAAAUAAUGGAUGAUGACAGCUAUGGUGUGGAUGGCAUGGAUCUUACCUCCCAAGGGGCAGGAACAUACUGGUGAGUGAAUCCACUAAUAAUAGCAAUAGUAAUUUUAAUGGAAUCUUACACAAAAAUGUGUAAAAGUGCACUCUUUAACCAUACAUUAGCUGCCAACACUGUUUAUUUAUUUUUUUUGUAAUUGUUUGUUGCGGAAUGCUGGUCUUAAACUGCAUUACUGCAGUUCACACUUGGAUCACAGCUUUUUAAAUUGGAUCACAUUUCAUGGUUCAGAUUUAAAUCCAAGAUGUGCAAGGAGCUGUCUUAAGAAAGGUUUCAUUGACAGUACUGGUCUGGGUAAAUAGCAGUGCAAAACUAUGUAACCAAGCCUGAUAAAUCAAACCUGACACAGAACGCAUCGGUUUAAACAUUGCAAAGUUCACUUUUUUUAGUGGUGGACUGGAAUAAAGUCAUUGUGAAAUAUGCAUCUGCUGUGGCAUGGUUAUAUUGCUCUGCCACUAGUUUAUGGGAUAUAUGUAGCAAAGCUGUUGCAAGUACUUUUCUUCAUGGAAAAAAUUGGCUGAAUGUACUUGAACUACAGCUUUAGUUACGCUUUUUACAUGCACGAGUAUAGCUGCUGUACAAAAAUCUGUAGGAGUACUAGGGCAAGUUAUUUAGGAUUAAGUUAGGACAUUGAGGGAGUGACACACAGUUACAGGGGGGAAAAAACACGGUGAACUAUAAUCUGUGCAAGUCUCGCAGUGACUAUUUCUGUAGUUUGGAUAAUGUUUAGCUAAAAUAGCUUUUCUGCAUUUCAAGCAGUUUUGCCUGUAGCUAGAAGGUAAUAAACAUUCACUUUACUUGUAUGUUGUUUCUGAUUUCAUAUUUUAACUUGUUUAGGUAUCUCCCACCAGAAUGCUUUGUGGUGGGUAAGGAACCACCAAAGAUUUCAAAUAAAGUAGAUGUGUGGUCAGUUGGAGUCAUAUUUUUCCAGUGUCUUUAUGGACGGAAGGUAAGAAAUGCUUGUUUCAUUAAUUACUUUCACUAAAAAGGAAGCAAAACACUGUAGCUUCUGGGCGUUUCAUAAAAUGCUAGUUCAAACUCCAAAUUGAAUUUAAUUCCCAAACCAACAAGAUACACUAUGAUUCCCAUCCAUUAUUAUCUUUGGGAUCAAUUUAACAUGGCACAUUAGCUUCAUUUUACUCCCCAUAUCUUUGUCAUGAGAUAUCUUGGUCACUUUAAUUAAAAUAAUUAUUUCAUCACAUAUACUGAUAAAUUAUGAGCACUGCAAAUGUGUUAAAGUGUUUUAUAUUCUGUUAUAUGUUAUUUUGAGCAAUUUUAGGCAAAGUUCUGUUAUUUGUCUCUAUGAUGUUACCUGUGCAUUUUAUGUUUGAAUUCAAAGGUUUUUUUAAAGAGAUACUACACUUCCACUGUUUGGAGUGUACAUUGAAUUCAAAUCAAUAAAUACAUUGGAAAAAUAUUGAAACAUAGCCUUGAGGUAAAUUACAAUAUUUUUGUUUUGUUCUUUUCUUUCUCUUCAGCCAUUUGGGCACAAUCAAUCUCAGCAAGAUAUUUUACAAGAAAAUACGAUAUUAAAAGCCACAGAAGUUCAAUUUCCUGUGAAGCCUGUUGUAAGCAAUGAAGCCAAGGUAACAUGCUAGCCGAAACCUGAAUUUAGAAUUAGAUACCUUUUGAAUAAAAUGUAACUGAAUGCUAGAGAAAUGCUCUCUGGUGAGUUUGAAAGUAACUUUUUUUUUUUUUUUUUAAUGGAGGUCUUUAUAUGAUGCCAAGUUAAAAUUGUGAAUACGUAGUUUUAUUAUGAGACUUAAGCUUGACACAUAGUUAAAAAUAUAAAUUGGAACUAUGGGUGAUCCAGUCCACUUACAAAAAACAAACCAAAAAAAACAAAACAAUAAAAAACUAUCCUAGAAAAAUCAAUCGCAGAUAUAUAGAUAGAGCAUUAUACUUGUAUGUGAGUGGCUAUGGAUUCAUUUAGCAGCAUCAUAUACUUUAUGCGUGAAGUUAAUAAUUUAUGAUACAUCACUUGGUUAAGAAGUCGCCUCAAUUAUUUUAGUAGUGUGUACAUGUGUGCGAAAUGUUUGUAGGUUUACAGAGACCAUGAAGGGGAUGAGUUUUCUCUUCUGUUUUUGUUGCUCACUUUAUCAAUAGCAACAUUGUACAAGUCUUGUAAGCUCUUCCAUGGUUGUACUACAUGUGCAUGCCACGUCAGGUAGUGUGCGACUAAUGAUUCCCCUAUACCAGGAUUCUACAAAUUCUAAUGAUUCCCCCAUACCAGGGUUCUCCAAAUUCUAGUGAUUCCCCUCUACCAGGGUUCUCCAAAUUCUAAUGAUUGCCCUAUACCAGGGUUCUCUAAAUCCCGAUUUUGCCGAACUACAACUCCUAUGACUCUUUGGCUGUAUGUUUCAUUCAAAGAAUCAUGGGAGUUGUAGUUUAGCGACAUUUAAAGGACCAGAGUUUGGUUCUAUGUGUGUACAUUUAAUAAAAUAAUAUUGCACCUUGGCCAUACAAGGAUUAACAAACCGCAUAUGUUAAAACAUUUUUUAUUGCAAAGCGAAAAUCCAAUCUCUCGUUUGAAAAAAACAAAAAACGACUUUCUAUGCAUCAAUGCUUUACCUAAACAAAACAGACUGAACCCAAAGGGACUCAUUUUGGAACCCUAGACUUCCAUUGUAUUGUUCAGAUCCCAAGCAUGGCAGCUACUGGGGUAAUAUUAUCUCUCCAGUAGAUAAUUUAAGGAUCUUACAAUUUAAAACUCUUAAAGGGACUCUAUAUGCUAAAUAUGGUCCGUCUAUAUGAUCGCCUACCCUCUUAUCACCGAUUGACAGACUGCUGUGUAAUGCGCAGUGCAGGGACUGGAUUUCACCUGGGUUAAAGUAACUGUGGCAGAAAGCUCGGGAAUUAAAUGCACCAGGAAAAUGAUAGUGAAUUUUCAAUGCAGGGCAAUAUUGGCAGGCACUUGCAGAAUUCAGAAAGUCCUUCCAGGAGGUGGACUCAUUAAAUUUUGCCAUGAGCUGCCUGGGAGGCUGAACAGGCUCACAAAUCCCCAGGCAACCUGGGAUUUGUAAAACCCUGUCCUAUGCUGCUAGCCAUAGUAUGCUCAUCAGGGGAGAAUAUCUACUCUCUAGGACAACUUUUUAACUUGUCAGUGGUGCAUGGAAAUUUUGAGCUCUAAUGAAAAUACCUGAUAAAAAUGAGACCAAAAACUACAAAAUGAGCUUAAGUUGUGUGGGUGCCAACUGUACCCCUUUAAACAUAUUACUAAGACUUGCACUGUGAACCUGUAUAUCACAAAGACUGUGGCUUGAAGUGGGCACUUACUACCUGUAGAUAUUAUUGUAGACAAUCUCACUGCUGAGAAAAAGGUAGACCUAAUUUUUUGUAUUUAAUACAAACUGAGAAUAAUGUAAAAAAAAAAAAUGCAGUAAAUUGCUUCUACAUAACUUUUUGCAGUCUGGUCAAUAUAUUUUAUACAUGUCUGAAAUACAUGUAAUUGUUAUCACUGAAUCUAUAGUACCCUGCAAAAAUUGUAUUGCCUUCCUUUACUUGGUUCUUUGACAUGGUACCAAGUAUGUUGACAAGGUGUUGGUGUUAUUAAAGGUACAGACAUGUCUUUAAUUUCAAGGUCAGCUGUCAUAAGGAUUGCUAUAAUGAAGUUUUUUUAACAAUGCCCAGUUCAUUCACUUAACCCGUUAUGUCCAAGAAUGCAGUGCAGAGAGUACUUAAGUAGUGUUUGUGGUUUGUUAUUUUUUGUGUGUGUGUGAUUUUCUUACACAAGCAAGUCUGUAAAGGGGAUUAUUCACUAAAGUAUGAAUUGUCAUUAUUUAAAGUAAAUUUCAGAUUUUAUUCUAAAAUAGCCAAAGUGGAGAAAAACUGUCCAAUUCAGCUGGUUUUGACUUUUUCUGCUUUGAUUUUAAAUAUGGAAUUAAGUUUGAAUUUGUUUUAAAUCAAGAUAAUUAACACAUUAGUCAAUUAAUCUUUGCUGUACAUUUCCAUGCAUUCCACUCCCUGUUAGUUCUUUGUAUAGAUCACCUUUACACCCAAUUCUAUCUUUGAAAUCUUUCAUUUUGCAAACAUGCCAUACAUUACUCAUCUCAUAUAAUCAAUAUGCCUUGUCUUUUUGUAGGCCUUCAUAAGACGGUGUUUAGCGUACAGAAAAGAGGAUCGGUUUGAUGUUCAUCAGUUAGCGAAUGACCCGUACCUUCUCCCUCACAUGAGAAGAUCUAAUUCUUCAGGAAACCUGCACAUGUCUGGCCUAGUGGCAUCUCCGACACCCCCUCCAUCAAGCAUCGUUUCAUACUGAUAGUGAAAUCACGGCUGGCAUGAAUAUUCGGCACUAGGCUUUCAGGGGCAAAAUUUAGUUCAAAGACAAAAUAAAUUAAUUUAACAAAGAAGAAGAAAGUAGUUGUUGGGGUUUGUUUUUUUUUUUUUUUUUUUUCAAUCGAAAGUUUUAAAAGAAAUUUGAUGGCGG